AUGACUGUGCUGGCAGACUCCAUUGAGCAGCAGCUCAGCCCACCCACAGGUCUCAAUGCGAUGUUGUAGCCAGCUGAAUUGACUGAUGCUUUUUAUUAACUCAGAGCUGCUAUUGAUCAAAAUGGAGCCUCAGUUGGCUUCAUGAAAAGCUAUACAUCUUCCCCCAGGCACAGGCUGUAUCCACUGUCAGCUAUACACUAACUGCAUUACAUGUCACUAAGUGGUUAUGUUGACUAGACUAUCAUUUCAAUGCAAUAAUUAAUUGUGUUUGGGCGGUUUUAAGUUGUGGUAUGGUUUGCCAAUUUAAGAUGUGUUUUGGAAUGCUAGUCCAGCCAUUCUCUAUCUGUGGGUUACUGGUAUGCCAUCUGUUAGUGUGUGGGUAAUACAGGGUAAUACUGGCAGUCACUGUAAUUGCCAGGAAGGUGCUAAACGGCUUAGCAUUAGUAAAGUUGAUGGUUUCUAAAUUAUGAGUGUGGUCACUCAGUAGUCUUGGUUGGGGAGGAAUGGGUGAAAUCCGGCAACAUUUUGGUCGCACUGGAGCAGACAGAGUCAAUUACCACACUACCGCAACUUUCCAUCCCGACUUGGACCGAAACCAAAAACAGAGAAGGAGGGAAGGAGAGAGCGACUUGUGAUCUAGCGGGAGACCAAGGUGUUGUCCACCAUUUAGGCUUUUGUGGUGGCCCGUCUACUUCCAUGGAUUCAAUACUCAACAACCUACAGACCUAGUUCUUUUUCAAACCUAAUUUUGUUGCCCUGCUUUUGUUUUGGCCUAACUUUAACUGCUGCCGAAAGGCACUUAUUAAUGAGAAAAAUAUAGGCCUACUUAAACUGAAAACACAAGCAGCAAAUAUAAUUGUUGUGUGUGACUAGGGCUGUGACUGACUUGGAAUUUGAGGUUACAGUAAUUGGCCAGGCCAAUGUACACGGUGACCGACAUAACCGUUCAGGGGGAGGUAACAAUUAUGUUUGUACGCUUGUUUACAUGGAUAUGCUUCUUAAUAAAAACGUAUUUGAAACAAACCAUUACACUUCAUUAUUAUCAUGGCAUUUCAUUAUUAUUGUUCAGGUUAUUACUUAUAAAUAUGAAUCAACAAAUUAAUAAAUGCCGGGUUGUCGCAUUUUCAUAUUGACACAACAUUAACGGAGUCAAAAUAAAGAUCUAUGCCUACCUUGUCCUUGUCUGUUGUUUUUUAAUACAGAUCCUAUUUCGACGCACAAAACCAUUUAAACGAUGUCUGAUGGGUUUUCUCCCACUUUUCCCGAAACAUUUUUAGAACGUCACAAACCCUGCUGCUGCAGUCUGUCACACCCUGGCUCUGGGGACUCUAUAUGUUGAGCCAGGAUGUGUAGAUUCAUUGUUUGUGUGCUGAGUUUGAGUGUCUAGUUAUUGUAUUUCUAUGUUGGCCAGAGUGGCUCCCAAUCAGAGGCAACGAGUGUCAGCUGUUGCGGGUUGUCUCUGAUUGGGAGCCAUAUUUAAACUGUCUGUUUUCCCUUUGUGUUUGUGGGAUCUUGUUCCGUUUUGGUUUGUUGCCGUGUCGGUUGUGUUUAUACCGAGGACGUCACGUUUUCGUUUUGUUGUUUUGUUCGUGCAUUCAUUAAAUAAAUAAAUAUGUUUGCAUUCCACGCUGCGCCUUGGUCUACUCCAUACGACGAUCGUGACACAGUCAUUCGAUGGCAGUGGUAUUGGGAGAAAUAAUGAGAGAAAUAAUGUAACUUAAGCUUCUGAAAAUAGGACUUUUACAAGAUUAAAUCAUGACAGGAGUGUUUGAUUCUUAUUAAAGAGGAGUCCAGACAGGCUACUUUAGGAAACUUUCUGAAUGGACAUAUACAGUUACACUGAGUGUACAAAACAUUAGGAUUAGGCCCCCAUAGGAUUGAAACAAUACCUGUUGAUGACUAGCAAAUGCUAUACACUGAGUAUACAAAACAUUAAGAAUCCAGAUGAAAGCUAUGAUCCCUUAUUGAUGUCACCUGUUAAAUUCACUUCAAUCAGUGUAGAUGAAGGGGGUGAGACAGGUUAAAGAAGGAUUUUUAAGCCUUAAGACAAUUGAGACAUGGAUUGUGUAUGUGUGCCAUUCAGAGUGUGAAUGAGCAAGACAAAAGGUUUAAGUGCCUUUGAGCGGGGUAUGGUAGUAGGUGCCAGGCACACCGGUUUGAGUGUGUCAAGAACUGCAACGCUGCUGGGUUUUCCACGCUCAACAGUUUCCUGUGUGUAUCAAGAAUGGUCCACCACCCAAAGGACAUCCAGCCAACUUGACACAACUGUGGGAAGCAUUGGAGUCAACAUGGGCCAGCAUCCCUGUGGAACGCUUUCGACCUCUUGUAGAGUCCAUGCCCCCGACGAAUUGAGGCUGUUCUGAGGGCAAAAGGGGGUGCAACUCAAUAUUAGGAAGGUGUUCCUAAUGUUUUGUACACUCAGUGUAGGCCUAUAGAGAUAAUCAGCAAAUGCACACCCCCAUAAAAGCACCCGUCAGUCAAAGCCACCAGCAAAUAUUUCUCCUUUCCUUAAAACAUAUAUUUUUUCAAAGCUAGGCUUACCUUACGUUUUCCCGAAAGUAGGCUAUAAGAUAAUGAAUUGACAAGUAAAUGAUGAAGGGGACAGCUAUGCUAUAGUAUGAAGAUGAAAUUGACAAUUAUUAAAAUAGAAACAAAUACACACAUAGCCUAUUUAUCAACAACGCUGAUUAUCAAGGGUGAGAGUGUUGGAAAGAUUUUUCAAAUACUGUGAGGAACUAUUAUAAUUUGAAUGGAUGUUUGUUGACUUACUGCGUGAGGUGAAGAAAAAAUGACUGAGAAGCCCAGCAGGGCUCUGUCAACAUCAACAGGACAGAGAAACCAGACACAUGCUUAUUGCGCACAUGGAGCGCGUAAAUGAUGGUAUGAAAUAAACCAUAACUUUUUUCUCACAAGUGUAGCAGGUUGUGAACUCUGCAAACAACGAUUCCACUCCGAGAAUGAGAACGGUAAAUUACUGUAAUUAAUAUAUACAUUAACAGAAAUGGAUGUAACCACAUGACCGGGAUUAACAGUAAAUUGCCUGUUUUACAAACAAAUAGGCAAUCAUAAAAGUGCAUUGCGGGCUGACACUGUAUAACCUAGGCUACUAUUCAAUUUGCAGGGAUAGGAGGGCGGUAAUGUUUUCUGUCUCGCCUAGGGCAGCAUAUUGGCCAGGACCGGGCCUGUUCAGCGUUAAUUAGUCUAUAAAUUAAGAAAAGAUUUCAGUAUCAAAUUAUACCAUGCCAGGUUGGGGAGGAUUGGCGCAUUGUCCAUUUGACACAACAUUAGCACAUUUAUAGGCCUCAGAGCCAGAACGACCUUGUCGACUGCCGACAAAUAAUUCAUUAAUAGUCAGACACAUCCAACCUUUCUUAAAAGAAUACCUAUUUAUUUACUUUUUUUACUGAAGUGCCAUAGCCUAUAGCGUUCUACACCCCAGUGUAGCUAAUCUACACUGAACAAAAAUAUAAACGCAACAUGUAAAGUGUUGGUCCCAUGUUUCAUGAGCUGAAAUAAAAGAUCCCAGAAAUUAUCCAUACACACAAAAAGCUUAUUUCUCUCAAAUUGUGUGCACAAAUUAGUUUACAUCCCUGUUGGUGAGCAUUUCUCUUUUGCCAAGAUAAUUCAUCCACCUGAAAUGUGUGGCAUAUCAAGAAGCUGAUUAAACAGCAUGGGCAUUACACAGGUGCACCUUGUGCUGGAGACAAUAAUAAUAAUAAUAAUAAUAAUAAUAAUAAUAUGCCAUUUAGCAGACGCUUUUAUCCAAAGCGACUUACAGUCAUGUGUGCAUACAUUUUUACGUAUGGGUGGUCCCGGAGAUCGAACCCACUACCCUGGCGUUACAAGCGCCAUGCUCUACCAAUUGAGCUACAGAGGACCACUCUAAAAUUUGCAGUUUUGUCACACAACACAAUGCCACAGAUGUCUCAAGUUUUGAGGGAGCGUGCAAUUGGCAUGCUGACUGCAGGAAUGUCCACCAGGGCUGUUCAUUUUUCUACUAUAAGCCGCCUCCAAUGUCGUUUUAGAGAAUUUGGCUGUACUUCCAACCGAGUGCCCCAUGGUGGUGGGGUUAUGUUAUGGGCCAGCAUAUACUACUGACAACGAACACAAUUGCAUUUUAUCUAUGGCAAUUUGAAUGCACAAAAAUACAGUGACGAGAUCCUGAGGCCUAUUGUGAGGCCCAUUUUUUUAAAGGUAUCUGGGACCAACAGAUGCAUAUGUAUUUCCCAGUCAUGUGAAAUCCAUAGAUUAGGGUCUAAUGAAUUUAUUUCAAUUGACUGAUUUCCUCAUAUGAACUGUAACUCAGUAAAAUCAAUGAAAUUGUUGCAUGUUGCGUUUUAUAUUUUUUUUCAGUAUUGUUGAUUAGCUGCUUGGGCAUCAAAGGACAGUUGGAAAGAGGAGGAGAGACAGACUAAGUUAGCAAAAACAAUUGCUUAUAAUCAUUAGUAAACACUCCCGUUAAAGUUUAUCUUAAUGAAAAUAAAGUUAGAUGGAAAAAAAUCCUAAAAUAAAUGUAUAGGCCUAUUUAAAAAUGUUGACUGUUAUUUUCAUGAUGGUCUUCAUCCAUAACCGUCAGUUACACGGUUAUUCAAUUACUGUCACAGCCCUAUGUGUGAAAACUCUGUGCUGCCUUAAAGGGACAUGGCUUUCAUUUAGCCUACUCAUUAAACAGUCAGUGGUAUAUUUUGAGUCUAGACAGUUUCAUUUGAGUAUCUUUCUCUGUGUUGAGCUCUUUGAGUUCUCUACAUUCAUUGAUUCCAGAGCCAGAAAGUCAUGCCAGGUGCACUCGAAAGACCCAAUAAACAAAGCAGGCUUGUUUAUGAUGUAUUGUUUUGCCUUUGUUUAGUCAGUGGAUUGGCUAUGAUCUCUGUUUUCUCCCGUGUGCAAGGCAAAUGGCCUGAUUUAGUGAGUGGAAUAAAGGCAGCAUGUGUCUGUUGAUUCCAGGCACACGUGCAUGCUAAUAAAAAGCCAGACGACCUCAAUUGGGGAGCCAUGGAAACCAGAGAAUGGGGAGUGGAGAAGGGGAGCAUGUGCAGUUGAAUCUAGGAUGAUUUGGCUUUGUUUGUGUUAGGGCUGACCCCAUUUAGUUGACUGGUCGAUUGUUUGGUCGAUAGGCUGUUGGUCGACAGAGAUUGUUUUUGUCGACCAGUGGCAAAUAUACAUAUAUUUUUAAUUGCACACGAGACACCUGUCUGAUUUUCAAAUCAAAUUUUAAUUGUCACAUACAUGUGUUUAGCAGAUGUUAUAGCGGGUGUAGCGAAAUGCUUGUGCUUCUAGCUCCGACAGUUCAGUAAUAUCUAUCAAUUUCACAACUUAUACCCAAUACGCACAAAACUAGUAAGGAAUGGGAUUUAAGAAUAUAUACAUAUAUGGACAAGCAAUGACAGAGCGGCAUGGACUAAGAUACAGUAGAAUAUUAUAGAAUAGAAUGCAGUAUAUACAUAUGAGAUGAGUAGUGCAAGAUAUGUAAACAUUAUUAAAGUGACUAGUGUUCCAUUUCUUAAAGUGGCCAGUGAUUUCAAUAGGCAGCAGCAGCCUCUAAUGUGCUAGUGAUGGCUAUUUAACAGUCUGAUGGCCUUGAGAUAGCCCGACAGGAUGCUCUCAAUUGUGCAUCUGUAAAAGUUUGUGAGGGUUUUAGGUGCUAAGCCGAAUUUCUUCAGCCUCCUGAGGUUGAAGAGGCUCUGUUGCGCCUUCUUCACCACACUGUCUGCGUGGGUGGACCAUUUCAGUUUGUCGGUGAUGUGUAUGCCAAGGAACUUGAAGCUUUCACCUUCUCCACUGCGGUCCCGUCGAUGUGGAUAGGGGGGUGCACCCUCUGCUGUUCACGAUCAUCUCCUUUGUUUUGUUGAUGUUGAGUGAGAGGUUAUUUUCCAGGCACCACACUCCCAGAGCCCUCACCUCCUCCCUGUAGGCGGUCUCAUCAUUGUUGGUAAUCAAGCCUACUACUGUUGUGUCGUCUGCAAACUUGAUGAUUGAGUUGGAGGCGUGCUUGGCCACGCAGUCAUGGGUGAACAGGGAGUACAGUAGGGGGCUGAGCACGCACCCUUGUGGGGCCCCAGUGUUGAGAAUCAGCGAAGUGGAGAUGUUGUUUCCUACCUUCACCACCUGGGGGAGGCCCGUCAGGAAGUCCAGGACCCAGUUGCACAGGGCGGGGUUCAGACCCAGGGCCUCAAGCUUAAUGAUGAGCUUGGAGGGUACUAUGGUGUUGAAUGCUGAGCUAUAGUCAAUGAACAGCAUUCUUACAUAGGUAUUCCUCUUGUCCAGAUGGGAUAGUGCAGUGUGACAGUGAUUUCAUCGUCUGUGGAUCUAUUGGGGCGGUAAGCAAAUUGAAGUGGGUCUAGGGUGACAGGUAAGGUAGAGGUGAUAUGAUCCUUGACUAGUCUCUCAAAGCACUUCAUGAUGACAGAGGUGAGUGCUACAGGGCGAUAGUCAUUUAGUUCAGUUACCUAUGCUUUCUUGGGGACAGGAACAAUGGUGGCCAUCUUGAAGCAUGUGGGAACAGCAGACUGGGAAAGGGAGAGAUUGAAUAUGUCCAUAAACACACCAGCCAGCUGGUCUGCGCAUGCUCUGAGGACGCGGCUAGGGAUGCCGUCUGGGCCGGCAUCCUUGCGGGGCUUAACAUGCUUAAAUGUCUUAAUCACGUCGGCCAUGGAGAAGGAGAGGCCACAGUCCUUGGUAGUGGGCCUCGUCAGUGGCACUGUGUUAUCCUCAAAGCGGGCGAAGAAGGUGUUUAGCUUGUCUGGAAGCAAGACGUCGGUGUCGGCGACGUGGCUGGUUUUCUUUUUGUAGUCCGUGAUUGUCUGUAGACCCUGCCACAUACAUCUCGUGUCUGAGCCGUUGAAUUGCGACUCCACUUUGUCUCUAUACUGAUGUUUUGCCAGUUUAAUUGCCUUACGGAGUAAGUACCUACACUCUUUGUAUUCUGCCAUAUUCUCAGUCACCUUGCCUAUCCACGGUUUCUGGUUAGGGUAGGUUUUAAUAGUCACAGUGGGCACAACAUCACUGAUAAACUCAGUCACUGUUUCAGUGUAUUUGUCUAAAUUACCAGGAACAUAUCCCAGUCCACGUGAUCAAAACAAUCUUGAAGCGUGGAUUCCAAUUGGUCAGACCAGCUUUGAAUAGUCCUUAGCACGGGUACUUCCUGUUUGAGUUUCUGCCUAUAGGAAGGUAGAAGCAAAAUGGAGUCGUGGUCAGAUUUGCCGAAAGGAGGGCGGGGGAGGGCCUUAUAACCAUCCCGGAAGUUUGAAUAGCAAUGGUCGAGGAUUUUAGCAGCGCGAACAGUCGAUAUGUUGAUAGAACUUCUGCAGCCUAGUCUUCAAAUUUGCUUUGUUAAAAUCCCCGGCUACAAUAAAUGCAGCCUCAGGAUAUGUGGUUUCCAGUUUGCAUAAAGUCCAGUGAAGUUCUUUGAGGGCCGUCGUGGUAUCGGCUUGAGGGGGGAUAUACACGGCCGUGACUAUAACCGAAGAAAAUUCUCUUGGGAGAUAAUACGGUCAGCAUUUGAUUGUGAGAUAUUCUAGGUCGGGUGAACAGAAGGACUUGCACCUCUCUUAGUGGAACUAAUCCAUUGAGGAGGCUGCGGGGAUGCCACGGUCCAAGAAAAAGGGGAGUGUGGCUCAGCUGCACAAGGCACAUCCCUUUCCAGAAUGCGCUCUCUUUUUUUUAUUUAUUUUUUAUUUCACCUUUAUUUAACCAGGUAAGCCAGUUGAGAACAGGUUCUCAUUUACAACUGCGACCUGGCCAAGAUAUAGCAAAGUAGUGCAAUAAAAACAACACAGAGUUACAUAUGGGGUAAAAAAAACAUAAAGUCAGAAAUACAACAGAAAAUAUAUAUACAGUGUGUGCAAAUGUAGCAAGUUAUGGAGGUAAGGCAAUAAAUAGGCUAUAGUGCAGAAUAAUUACAAUAGUAUUAACACUGGAAUGCUAGAUGUGCAAGAGAUUAUGUGCAAAUAGAGAUACUGGGGUGCAAAAGAGCAAAAUAAAUAACAAUAUAGGGAUGAGGUAGUUGGGUGGGCUAAUUUCAGAUGGGCUGUGUACAGGUGCAGUGAUCGGUAAGGUGCUCUGACAACUGAUGCUUAAAGUUAUUGAGGGAGAUAAGAGUCUCCAGCUUCAGAGAUUUUUGCAAUUCGUUCCAGUCAUUGGCAGCAGAGAACUGGAAGGAAUGGCGGCCAAAGGAGGUGUUGGCUUUGGGAAUGACCAGUGAGAUAUACCUGCUGGAGCGCAGACUACGGGUGGGUGCUGCUAUGGUGACCAAUGAGCUAAGAUAAGGCGGGGAUUUGCCUAGCAGUGAUUUAUAGAUGGCCUGGAGCCAGUGGGUUUGACGACGGACAUGUAGUGAGGACCAGCCAACAAGAGCGUACAGGUCACAGUGGUGGGUAGUGUAUGGGGCUUUGGAGACAAAACGGAUGGCACUGUGAUAGACUACAUCCAAUUUGCUGAGUAGAGUGUUGGAGGCUAUUUUGUAAAUGACAUCGCCGAAGUCAAGGAUCGGUAGGAUAGUCAGUUUUACGAGGGCAUGUUUGGCAGCAUGAGUGAAGGAGGCUUUGUUGCGAAAUAGGAAGCCGAUUCUAGAUUUAACUUUGGAUUGGAGAUUCUUUAUGUGAGUCUGGAAGUUGAGUUUACAGUCUAACCAGACACCUAGAUAUUUGUAGUUGUCCACAUACUCUAGGUCCGACCCGUCGAGAGUGGUGAUUCUAGUCGGGUGGGCGGGUGCUAGCAGCGUUCGAUUGAAAAGCAUGCAUUUAGUUUUACUAGUGUUUAAGAGCAGUUGAAGGCUACUGAAGGAUUGUUGUAUGGCAUUGAAGCUCGUUUGGAGGUUUGUUAACACAGUGUCCAAUGAAGGGCCAGAUGUAUACAAAAUGGUGUCGUCUGCGUAGAGGUGGAUCUGAGAGUCACCAGCAGCAAGAGCGACAUCAUUGAUAUACACGGAGAAAAGUGUCGGCCCAAGAAUUGAACCCUGUGGCACCCCCAUAGAGACUGCCAUAGGUCCAGACAACAGGCCCUCCGAUUUGACACACUUAACUCUAUCUGAGAAGUAGUUGGUGAACCAGGCGAGGCAGUCAUUUGAGAAACCAAGGCUAUUUAGUCUGCCAAUAAGAAUGCGGUGGUUGACAGAGUCGAAAGCCUUGGCCAGGUCGAUGAAGACGGCUGCACAGUACUGUCUAUUAUCAAUCGCGGUUAUAAUAUCGUUUAGGACCUUGAGCGUGGCUGAAGUGCACCCGUGACCAGCUCGGAAACCGGAUUGCAUAGCGGAGAAGGUACGGUGGUAUUCGAAAUGGUCGAUGAUCUGUUUGUUAACUUGGCUUUCGAAUACUUUCGAAAGGCAGGGCAGGAUGGAUAUAGGUCUGUAGCAGUUUGGAUCUAGAGUGUCACCCCCUUUGAAGAGGGGGAUGACCGCGGCAGCUUUCCAAUCUCUGGGGAUCUCAGACGUUAUGAAAGAGAGGUUGAACAGACUAGUAAUAGGGGUUGCGACAAUUUCGGCGGCUAGUUUUAGAAAGAAAGGGUCCAGAUUGUCUAGCCCAGCUGAUUUGUAGGGGUCCAGAUUUUGCAGCGCUUUCAAAACAUCAGCUGUCUGAAUUUGUGUGAAGGAGAAGCGGGGGGGGGGGAUGGGCAAGUUGCAGCAGAGGGUGCAGAGUUGGUGGCCGGGUUAGUGGUAGCCAGAUGGAAAGCAUGGCCAGCUGUAGCAAAAUGCUUGUUGAAAUUCUCGAUUAUUGUAGAUUUAUCGGUGGUGAUAGUGUUUCCUAGCCUCAGUGCAGUGGGCAGCUGGGAGGAAGUGCUCUUAUUCUCCAUGGACUUUACAGUGUCCCAAAACUUUUUGGAGUUAGUGCUACAGGAAGCAAAUUUCUGUUUGAAAAAGUUAGCCUUUGCUUUCCUGACUGCUUGUGUAUAUUGGUUCCUAACUUCCCUGAAAAGUUGCAUAUCGCGGGGGCUAUUUGAUGCUAAUGCUGUACGCCACAGGAUGUUUUUGUGCUGGUCAAGGGCAGUCAAGUCUGAGGAGAACCAGGGGCUAUAUCGGUUCUUAGUUCUGUAUUUUUUGAAUGGGGCAUGUUUAUUUAAGAUUGAGAGGAAAUUACUUUUAAGGAACAACCAGGCAUCCUCUACUGACGGAAUGAGAUCUAUAUCCAUCCAGGAUACCUGGGCCAGGUCAAUUAGGAAGGCCUCCUCGCUAAAGUGUUUUAGGGAGCGUUUGACAGUGAUGAGGGGUGGUCGUUUGACCGCGGACCCGUUACGGACGCAGGCAAUAAGGCAGUGAUCGCUGAGAUCCUGGUUGAAGACAGCUGAGGUGUAUUUAGAGGGUGUGUUAGUCAGGAUGAUAUCUAUGAGGGUACCCAUGUUUACGGAUUUAGGGUUGUACCUGGUAGGUUCGUUGAUAAUUUGCGUGAGGUUGAGGGCAUCUAGCUUGGAUUGUAGGAUGGCUGGGGUAUUAAGCAUAUCCCAAUUUAGGUCACCAAGCAGUACAAACUCUGAGGAUAAAUGGGGGGCAAUCAAUUCACAUAUGGUGUCCAGGGCACAGCUGGGGGCUGAGGGGGGUCUGUAGCAAGCGGCAACAGUGAGAGACUUAUUUCUGGAAAGGUGGAUUUUUAGAAGUAGAAGCUCAAACUGUUUGGGCACAGACCUGGAUAGUAUGAUAGAGCUCUGCAGGCUAUCUCUACAGUAGAUUGCAACUCCACCCCCUUUGGCAGUUCUAUCUAGACGGAAAAUGUUAUAGUUGGGGAUGGAAAUUUCAGAAUUUUUGGUGGCCUUCCUGAACCAGGAUUCAGACACUGCUAGAACAUCAGGGUUGGCAGAGUGUGCUAACGCAGUGAAUAACUCAAACUUAGGAAGUAGACUUCUGAUAUUUAUGUGCAAGAAACCAAGACUUUUGCGAUUACAGAAGUCAUCAAAUGAUAGCGCCUGGGGAGUAGGAGUGAUACUGAGGGCUGCAGGGCCUGGGUUAGCCUCUACAUCACCAGAGGAACAGAGGAGGACUAGAAUAAGGAUACGGCUAAAGGCUUUAAGAACUGGUCUUCUAGUGCGUUGGGUACAUAGAAUAAAGGGGGCAGAUUUCCGGGUGUUAUAGAAAAGAUUCAGGGCAUUAUGUACAGACAAGGAUAUGGAAGGAUAUGAGUAAAGUGGAGGUAAACCUGAGCGUUGGGUAACAAUGAAAGAGAUAGUAUCUCUAGAGGCAUAAAUUGAGUCGGUCUCUGAGUGUAUGGGGGGAGGGACAAAAUAGCUAUCUAAGGCAGGUUUAGCUAGGCUGGGGGGUCUACAGUGAUAUAGUACAAUUAGAAAUAACCGAAACAACAAUAAACUAACCAUGUUUGGGCUGAGGCUAAACAUAAACAGGAUGUAGUACCGUAAAAAGGAACAGUCCAGCAGAUAUCAGCUGUAUAGCUGAGUUAUCAUAAGGUCCGGUGGUGAAGCACUAGUGAGUAAGAGGGUUAGCAGGGGCUAGUAAGGGCUAGCAGAUGGAUGGAAUCUUCGUGGUUAACGCCGUAACCACAUCAGACGAUUUCGUCGGCAGACCAGUCGUGUAGGAUCGGCGGGGCUUCGUGUCAACACUAGGUGGUCCCGUCCGGUUGACAGAGAGGUAGAUAGCCGGGAGAUGGGCCUAGCUCAGGAUGCUUAGCCAGACCACAGCGUCCGUUUUGUUGUAGCCAGCUGGUAGCGAUGAAUCCGGAGUUAAAGGUCCAGUGAUUCAGUGAUUCCGGCGGAAAAACUGAUAUGUUCUGGGUCGAUAACGCGCUGUGCAGACUGGCCGAAUAUCCGGUGAUCAAUGUCCAGUGAUUAAAAUUAAUCCCGCGGAAAAAAAUCCAAUGUUCUGAGUGAAACACCGCUAGCUGUGGCUAAUAGCAAGUAGCUUUUCGUGCAUAUACCAUUUCGUGCAUAUUCAUUGUUUCAUAACUUAAUUGUGUGCAUUGUUUGCUGUGUCUGUCAAUUCUCCAUUUACAUAUAUCACCAGUAGUAGCCUACAUUUUACAGUUAAUUCCCAUAAUUUCUAAUCUGCAAUGUUUGCUUAGUUAUGGUAUUUCUGUUAAUGCAAUCAAUAUAAUAAUAUUAUUAUUAAUAUUAUUACAGUCGUUUACCGUUCUCAUUGUCGGAGUGGACACAUUGUUUGCAGAACUCACAACCUAUGCUAGACUUGUGAGAAACACAUUUUUGUUUAUUUCAUUCCAUUUGCGAGUUUUGUCUCACAACCGCAGACCACGUGUAACCACGCCAGCCCAGGACCUCCACAUCCGGCUUCUUCACCUGCGGGGUUGUCUGAGACCAGCCACCCGGAUAGCUAAUGAAACUGAGGAGUAUUUUUGUGGGGAAAAAAACAUUCCUAAUGGGUGGGCCUGUGCCCUACCAGGCCCACCCAUGGUUGCACCCCUGCCCAGUCAUGUGAAAUCCAUAGAUUGGGGCCUAAUGAAUUGAUUUCAAUUGACUGAUUUCCUUAUAUGAACUGUAACUCAGUAAAAUCGUUGAAAUUGUUGCUUGUUGCAUUUUUAUAUUUUUGUUCAGUAUAUAUUUAGAUAGAAUGUAGAUUAACCUCAGACAAUGAUGUUGAGAUACAACGACAUAAAUGAAAUGAAACUGUUCCAUGAAAAUGUUCAUAUGAAAAUCCUAACUGGCACGCAGAUGGUAAGAUAAAUUGGCACUCCACAUGGAAAAGGUUGCCGACCGCUGGUGUAGCCUAUUACCGGCAACUUCAGGAGCCUAACUGCAGAAUCUGUGAAGGCCAGCAGCAGAGGGAGUAGGAGGGUCGGGAACAGGUUUUUUUCUUCUGGGUAGGCUAUCUUGAUCUCUGGCUCCCGCUUGAGUCAUUUGUGUGUCUUAUUUAAUCAAACAGCGUGCUUAAAGCAUCAGACAAGUUUAGUACAUAGGGUUGAUUUUAUUAAAACACAUAGGGUGUGUCUAUAUAUGGAAAAAUACAUGUUUUAGAAUUUCGAAAGAAAAGACGACUCUAGGUUGACCAAUAUUUUUUUUGUUUGGGGACAGCCCUAGUUUUUGAGGAUGAUUGCAUGAGGAAGUCAACAGCCGGCACUACAGUACAAUAUAGACCAUAAUACAGUAAUCUCCCAUAGAAGAGGCCAGGUGUUCUAGACUAGAGGAAUAAUUGUGACUAACACAUCUAAUGUGAAUGAGAGGGUCUACAAUUUACCAUAUAUAAAUUCUCCAAACUGCAAACCCAUAGCAAGAAUAGGUAAAUAAACAUUUAUUUAUCAGUUUAAGCGUGUGAUAGGGAGAGGCACGUCGGUAAGGUGAAGCUGAACUAUCACACACAGAAGGCUCGUUCAUUCUCCCCUGGUCUGUUAAGUUUAGACACUUGGGUGGAGAAAUGUGGAGAGUGAGAGGAGAGAGAGCUCAUUUAGCUGAUGGCCAGGAGGCGCUGAGCGAGUGACCUUGAGGGAGGUCACUGAUGCACGUGGAAAUGAGCCGGAGGGAGAGCGAGAGGACAGGACAACUCCAAAAUGCUUUUGUCCCAUGACGCCCUCUGUCCCUCCCUAUCAUCCACUACUAAUGGACUUGCUGCUAAUGGCUUUAUGUGGAAAAAAAGCUAACAGAUGACCUAGUCAGUUUAGUACUUCCCAGGAAUGGUUGGUAUUUAUUGUGAUGAGUAGGUUAUAUUUGUUUAUCCCCCUGCACAGAUUUGGUGGCUGUAAUAUAUGGUGGCUGUAAUAUAUGGUGAUUAACUGGUUCUGCCAUGUUAUCGACAUGGUUCAUUGACUAGACCUCAUUCCCUCCCUAGGUCAUGAGCACAUUGGGAGUGACAGAUCCCAUUGGAAACCUCUCCAGCUCCAUUUCUGCCUUGUAGGUUUCAAGGUCUUCUUCACACAAUGACGCAAUCAAUACUCUCAAAGAACUGGAAAAUGGACCAAAGAAGUGCUCCAUUCACCACCAUGCGAUUUGAAGGCAACAAAAUGGAAAAGAAGCCAGUGAAGCGUGUAGCAAAUCCAUAUAGGUUACGACCACUCAGUCAGACCUUUAUGGUGGCGAAGAUCUGAGGGAGGGUUCACAAAAAAAUGCCUGGAAACCUGUAGCGUAAUAAUAACACAUGGCUGUCUGUUAUUGGCUGUCUGAACAGCUGUAGGCAUGCAGAACCAAAAUGGUUCUAGUCUAGUAAGAAGUCAGUAAGAUACAAGGGGAAACGACCCCACUGUUCGCAGGGCAAAAUGACAGGGGGGCUGUUUAUAAAGGAAACAGGAAUGGAGGAAAACCUUGGGGUCUGCCCGGUAACAAGGAGGAUAGGCUCCUCUCUCUGUAAUCAUCUGCAUUGUCAACAUUCUCAGUGUCAAUGUGGUUAGAUGUAAUGUAUUUUUAUUCUUUAUGCAAUGUUCCAGCCUGCCUGCAGAAGGAUUGCAUCGGCAGGUUUUGGCUUGUUCAUCCCUUAGCAAAUCUGUGUGUGACGGAGGGAGCGAGUGAGUGAGUUAGAGAGAGCUGGAGGAGAGGAGAGGGAGGAGGGCUGGCUCAGUCACAUGGGCAACCACAGGAAGCAGGCAGGCAGACUUUAGCACUGCAGCUUAAAGGAGAAAAACACAUAUUCAGAGAACAUGCAGCUUCUUCCCUUUGCGGCCCUCUGUCAUCACAUAGCCUACCCCCUUUGCUUUUCACGUCUGGUGUAGCCUAUAACGCAUUCUUAUUCAAAAUUAAUGUAUUUCUAUAGGUCAUUCCAAUUGCACUAUUACUGUCUGCGUGUUACUCAUUUUAAAUAGACAAGCCUAAUAAUAACAAUGUUGGUGUGAACCACUGUCAGUUUAAAAUGCCUCAGUCAGUCAGUGUUUUGACACUGGCAUCUGAUGUUAAUACUCGUAAUAGUGAACUGAAUCAAUCAAGCAAGUAGUGUGUUGUGCUAUCUGAGCUCCCCUCGCACUCCUUCAUUAUGCUGAGUGGCGAAAUUAGCUAUAAUUAUGGAUCUAUUUCAGGCUGGCUGGGGAGAACAGAACAGCAAAGCUCACUGAUUACUUCCUUUGUUGUUUACGUCUUCACAUCGCAUGGCUUUAUGGAAUGCUAGAAAUGCUAGAGUGGGACUGGGGAUGGAUGGUACUGACUACCAGGAAGAAUGGGGAUGGUAUAGUGAUUUGGUAACCAUCCCCUCCACUACCUGCCCCCCACUGUUUUUUUUACACUUUUAACAUAAUGUGUACCCUAUGGGACUUCUGUUUGUUCCUUCUAACACUAAUGAUGUGAAGUAAUGGAGCCCCUCGUAGGACUAACGGUCUCUCUCCCUCUCUCUCUCUCUCUCUCUCUCUCUCUCACAGACUAUUCUGCUAGAAAAGCACACAUCACAGAGGUAAUGUACUUGCUUACUUUACUUUUAUUUAGCCCAUAUGACAGUGAAAUACAUUUGACUCUUCCCCCCCAGACAUGCCCUCUAUGUUAACCGCCCCCCCCCCCCCCUCACUGUGAUCCUACACUUCAAUCCCACACACACCAUUUCCCUAUACUACUCUGUACAGUGCCUUGCAAAAGUAUUCAUCCCCCUUGGCGUUUUUCCUAUUUUGUUGCAUUCCAACCUGUAAUUUAAAUUGAUUUUUAUUUGGAUUUCAUGUAAUGAACAUACACAAAAUAGUCCAAAUUGGUGAAGUGAAAUUAAAAAAAUUACUUGUUUCAGAAAAUUCUAAAAAAUAAAUAACGGAAAAGUGGUGCGUGCAUAUGUAUUUACCCCCUUUGCUAUGAAGCCCCUAAAUAAGAUCUGGUGCAACCAAUUACCUUCAGAAGUCACAUAAUUAGUUAAAUAAAGUCCACCUGUGUGCAAUCUAAGUGUCACAUGAUCUCAGUAUAUAUACACCCGUUCUGAAAGGCCCCAGAGUCUGCAACACCACAAAGCAAGGGGCACCACCAAGCAAGCGGCACCAUGAAGACCAAGGAGCUCUCCAAACAGGUCAGGGACAAAGUUGUGGAGAAGUACAGAUCAGGGUUGGGUUAUAAAAAAAGAUCAGAAACUUUGAAAAUCCCACGGAGCACCAUUAAAUCCAUUAUUAAAAAAUUGAAAGAAUAUGACACCACAACAAACCUGCCAAGAGAGGGCCGCCCACCAAAACUCACGGACCAGGCAAGGAGGGCAUUAAUCAGAGAGGCAACAAAGAGACCAAAGAUAACCCUGAAGGAGCUACAAAGCUCCACAGCGGAGAUUGGAGUAUCUGUCCAUAGGACCACUUUAAGCCGUACACUCCACAGAGCUGGGCUUUACAGAAGAGUGGUACCAGUGACGCGCUCAAUACGGAAGUAGUCCGGUGAAGCGGAUGCUAAGCUACAGGACUGUUUCGCCUAGCACAGACUGGAAUAUGUUCCGGGGUUCAUCCGAUGGCAUUGAGGAGUUUACCACAUCAGUCACCGGCUUCAUUAAUAAGGAGUUUACCACAUCAGUCAUCGGCUUCAUUAAUAAGGAGUUUACCACAUCAGUCAUCGGCUUCAUUAAUAAGGAGUUUACCACAUCAGUCAUCGGCUUCAUUAAUAAGGAGUUUACCACAUCAGUCACCGGCUUCAUUAAUAAGGAGUUUACCACAUCGGUCACCGGCUUCAUUAAUAAGGAGUUUACCACAUCGGUCACCGGCUUCAUUAAUAAGGAGUUUACCACAUCAGUCACCGGCUUCAUUAAUAAGUGCAUCGACGAUGUCCUCAGGUUUUCAUUUUUAAUGAAUUUGUAAAAAUUUUGAAAUACAAAAUUCAACUUUGACAUUAUGGGGUAUUGUGUGUAGGCCAGUGCCAAAAAAUCUCAAUCCAUUUUAAGUUCAGGCUGGAACACAACACAAUGUGGAAAAAUUCAAGGGGUGUGAAUACUUUCUGAAGGCACUGUAGACACACUUUUACACUCUUGACAUACUCUGCUGCUACUCUGUUUAUUGUCUAUCCUGAUUGCCUAGUCACUUUUACACCAACCUACAUGUACAUAUUGCCUACAUUGCCUCAACUGCCUCGUACCCCUGCACAUUGAAUCGGUACCGGUAAGCCUUGUGUAUAGCCUCGUUAUUGUUAUUUUAUUGUGUUACUAUAAGGGCCCGUAAGUAAGCAUUUCACGGUGAGAUCUACACCUGUUGUAUUCGGCACGUGACAAAUACAUUUGAUUUGAUUUACCUUUCGUUCCUAAUUGUAUGUGUUAUUAUUGAAAAGAACAGGUGCAAACUUCACACUGGUGCUGCAAACGCUUGAUAAACCUUGUCCAUACAGUGAGGGGAAAAAAGUAUUUGAUAUCCUGCUGAUUUUGUACGUUUGCCCACUGACAAAGAAAUGAUCCGUCUAUAAUUUUAAUGGUAGGUUUAUUUGAACAGUGAGAGACAGAAUAACAACAACAAAAUCCAGAAAAACGCAUGUCAGAAAUGUUAUAAAUUGAUUUGCAUUUAAAUGAGGGAAAUAAGUAUUUGACCCCCUCUCAAUCAGAAAGAUUUCUGGCUCCCAGGUGUCUUUUAUACAGGUAACAAGCUGAGAUUAGGAGCACACUCUUAAAGGGAGUGCUCCUAAUCUCAGUUUGUUACCUGUAUAAUAGACACCUGUCCACAGAAGCAAUCAAUCAAAUCAAAUCAAAUCAAAUUUUAUUGGUCACAUACGCCGAAUACAACAGGUGCAGACAUUACAGUGAAAUGCUUACUUACAGCCCUUAACCAACAGUGCAUUUAUUUCAAUCAAUCAGAUAAAAAAUUCUCAACCAUGGCCAAGACCAAAGAGCUCUCCAAGGAUGUCAGGGACAGGAUUGUAGACCUACACAAGGCUGGAAUGGGCUACAAGACCAUCGCCAAGCAGCUUGGUGAGAAGGUGACAACAGUUGGUGCGAUUAUUCGCAAAUGGAAGAAACACAAAAUUACUGUCAAUCUGCCUCGGCCUGGGGCUCCAUGCAAAAUCUCACCUCGUGGAGUUGCAAUGAUCAUGAGAACGGUGAGGAAUCAGCCCAGAACUACACAGGAGGAUCUUGUCAAUGAUCUCAAGGCAGCUGGGACCAUAGUCACCAAGAAAACAAUUGGUAACACACUACGCCGUGAAGGACUGAAAUCCUGCAGCGCCCGCAAGGUCCCCCUGCUCAAGAAAGCACAUAUACAGGCCCGUCUGAAGUUUGCCAAUGAACAUCUGAAUGUGUUGUGGUCAGAUGAGACCAAAAUCGAGCUCUUUGGCAUCAACUCAACUCGCCGUGUUUGGAGGAGGAGGAAUGCUGCCUAUGACCCUAAGAACACCAUCCCCACAGUCAAACAUGGAGGUGGAAACAUUAUGCUUUGGGGGGGGGUUUCUGCUAAGGGGACAGGACAACUUCACCGCAUCAAAGGGACGAUGGACGGGGCCAUGUACCGUCAAAUCUUGGGUGAGAACCUCCUUCCCUCAGCCAGGGCAUUGAAAAUGGGUUGUGGAUGGGUAUUCCAGCAUGACAUUGAUCCAAAACACACGGCCAAGGCAACAAAGGAGUGGCUCAAGAAGAAGCACAUUAAGGUCCUGGAGUGGCCUAGCUAGUCUCCAGACCUUAAUCCCAUAGAAAAUCUGUGGAGGGAGCUGAAGGUUCGAGUUGCCAAAGCCUCGAAACCUUAAUGACUUGGAGAAGAUCUGCAAAGAGGAGUGGAACAAAAUCACUCCUGAGAUGUGUGCAAACCUGGUGGCCAACUACAAGAAACGUCUGACCUCUGUGAUUGCCAACAAGGGUUUUGCCACCAAGUACUAAGUCAUGUUUUGCAGAGGGGUCAAAUACUUAUUUCCCUCAUUAAAAUGCAAAUCAAUUUAUAACAUUUUUGACAUGCGUUUUUUUGGAUUUUUUUGUUGUUAUUCUGUCUCUCACUGUUCAAAUAAACCUACCAUUAAAAUUAUAGACUGAUAAUACACACAAAAAACACACAAAAAAAUGUAUGCACGCAUGACUGUAAGUCGCUUUGGAUAAAAGCGUCUGCUAAAUGGCAUAUUAUUUAUUAUUAUUAUAAUUUCUUUGUCAGUGGGCAAACGUACAAAAUCAGCAGGGGAUCAAAUACUUUUUUCCCUCACUGUAGCUGGGCAUCAGGUGGUAGUGUUGUUAGUGUUGUCACCCCAUAGAAGUGAGUAUCAAUCUAAAUAUGUGUCUUAACCACUCUGCUCCAUCCUCUGGCCAACAGCUGCCUGGUGUCUCAGGCCUACCAGGCCAGGGGAAAAGGAUGGGCCACAGGGGAGUGGAUGCGUCUGGAGAGACCACCUACAAGAAGGUAGGCAGUAGGCACUAUCUCCCCAGAUUUUAGCCAGUCAAUCAAUCAAUUAAUCAAUCAUAUAGUGAUCACAUAUAGUGCCUGUGCCUUUUACAAAUGCCUUACAGCAAAACAGCCAAACCCCCAAUAGAACAAGCCAAGCCAAGACAUUGGCAAGGAAAAGCUCCCUUGGUAGGGCACUUGGCAAUGGUCCUUUAUGCACAAUUAGCUCAGAAAUGUCUUAAGUAUUUCCCCUAACCACCACCAUCUCUCUCCUCUCCCCCAGACCACAUCCUCUGCCCUGAAAGGUGCCAUCCAGCUGGGCAUUGGCUACACGGUGGGCAACCUGAGCUCCAAGCCUGAGAGAGACGUUCUCAUGCAGGACUUCUAUGUGGUGGAGAGCAUCUUCUUCCCAAGGUAACUAGGUAACCACACCAUCAGGGCAGCACACAGCUUUGUGACAUUAUUAGAAUGAGACGGACAUGUCAUCCAGGCCUUUCAAAGAUAUCAGAGAUUUCUGACCGAUCACAACCCUGAUCCUGGAGAUGCUCUUUUGAUAGAAAGUCAUUCAUUAUUUACACUAGAAUAAUUCCUUCAUAGAUAAUUGUCCCGUAUCUAAAAGCUUUUCUCCCUCUCUCCUGAUCCCAGUGAAGGCAGCAACCUGACUCCAGCCCACCACUUCCCAGACUUCCGCUUCAAGACGUACGCUCCCGUGGCCUUCCGCUACUUCAGGGAGCUCUUUGGGAUCAGGCCUGAUGACUACCUGGUAAGAAGAUGGAACUCUACCCUUUUUGAACCAUGACAACAGAUAUGAACACAUGGCAUAGUGUCACCAUACAUUAGAUAACCAGAAUGAACAGAUGAGCAGUCAUUUAAUAGGCCAGUGUUGUGGAAUGAUCCCACUGAAGCAGGUCUCUUUACAAAAGCUGUUCAGAGAGACUGAGGUGUCCAGUCCACCUGCUGUGUUCUGGUCUUGGCCCACACUCCCACAGCCUGCUGCCCACUCCCUCCCUCUCGGUCCAGCCUGCUGACAGCAGCACAGCAGGCUGUGUAGCACCAUGACUGGGAGUGUGAUCUCCCCCACCAGACAGGUAGGCACCCAGGCAUGGCUGGAGAGAGACUGGGAAGAGAAUGAGGAGAGAGAGACGGGGGAGGGACAGGGAGGGUUGAAGAGAAUGAGGAGGGACGGGGGAGAGACAGGGAGGUUGAAGAGAAUGAGGAGAGACGGGGGGAGGGACAUGGGAGGUUGAAGUAGAAUAGGAGAGACGGGGGAGGGGAGAGGUUGAAGAGAAUUGAGGAGAGACGGGGAGGGGGAGGGAGGUUGAAGAGAAUGAGGAGAGACGGGGGAGGGGAGGGAGGUUGAAGAGAUGAGGAGAAGACGGGGGAGGGGGAGGGAGGUUGAAGAGAAUGAGGAGAGACCAGGGUGAGGGGAGGGAGGUUGAAGAGAAUGAGGAGAGACGGGGGAGGGGGAGGGAGGGUUGAAGAGAAUGAGGAGAGACGGGGGAGGGACAGGGAGGUUGAAGAGAAUGAGGAGAGACGGGGGAGGGACAGGGAGGGUUGAAGAGAAUGAGGAGAGACGGGGGAGGGACAGGGAGGGUUGAAGAGAAUGAGGAGAGUUUGGGAGAGCAAAUAAAUACUGUGUGGAUGAAUAGGGAUAUUAGGCAGGGAGAAGCAGAGAUAGGGAGGGCGAGGGGAGAAACAGUGAGUAGAGAGGAUGAAGGCUGGGGAGGGCCAGAGAAGGGUUGGGAGGGGGGGGUGCUAUAAGCGGUCUGGGUAGAGAGAUGGUUAGGCCCAGAGGAGGUCUGGGGAAGAGGUUAGGGCGAGGAGGGCUGCCUGUGCCCUGUCAUACACCAUCAGUGUGGAGGCAGGGUGAGUCACUGCUCUUCCCUGAGCGGUCAGCAGUCUAGGAGCUCCAAAACAGACCGCUGACUAGUGUGUGUGCAUGUUUAUGUCUGUGUACAUGUCAAGUAGGAUACAUCCAUGUCAUUUUGUGUUUCGCUAUGACUAGGGCUGUGAUGGUCAUGGAAGUUUGGAUGAUGGUUAUUUGUCAGCCAAAUGACCGCAGUCACGUUAUAAUAGUGUGGGGCGGCAGGUAGCUUAGUGGUUAAGAGCGUAGUGCCAGUAACCGAAAGGUCGCUGGUUCUAAUCCCCGAGCCGACUAGGUGAAAAAUCUGUCGAUGUGCCCUUGAGCAAGGCACUUAACCCUAAUUGCUCCUGUAAGUCGCUCUGGAUAAGAGCGUCUGCUAAAUGACUAAAAUGUAAAUGUAAAUGUAAAAUAAUAAAUAAAAUAAAAAUUUGCAUUUUCUCCUGUUCUCUGCUCCUGACUGCAUGUGCUGCUCCUGACCGCAUGUGUUCCAAGGCGCUGUAUAGGACUCAAAUCAGGGACGUGAUGAUCCAUGUUUACUGUUAAGCCAAGCUGACAGCUAACUGAGGGUAUAGCUUGCUGUUGUUAACUAUACAGUCUAUGGUCAAGUCAUUGGUUGCAUGUAUUUUAUCAUACUCGUUUGCAACAACACUCUGCUGUAACAAGGAGCAACAAAGUUGCAUCACGUUGUAAAGAGUCUGUUACCGUGGGAACGGACUCAACUGCACGCAUGUUUUGUAUUUUUGAAUGUCCUGCCGUCCCGUCUUCAGUCAGUUUAAAGCACUACAAUUGUUCCACAACACAAAAUUCUAAAACUGGCUAGUUUUGUCUCCUUCUUAUAUUGGCUGUUCGAUGUGAACCAGGCUUACUUUUACUUUACUGCUUUUGGGUAAAGUUUGUCGACUUGAAAAUGAAGUUGAUCAACAAAAAACGGUUAUACAAUUACCCUGCCAACUCUAGCUAUGACAUAAUAAUGUGUGCAUGCGUCACACCUCAUGGCCCUUGUCACAUUGUAUCUGUGCUGGCUGACUGGCGGUGUGUUUGUCUGUGUGCCAACAUGUACAGACACAAUGCAAUCAUUUGGUCUGAGUUAUUCCUGUUUUCCAUUUCUGACAACAAUGUACAGAGCUACAGUAGUGUAUAUGGCCAAAUUCUAUUUUUAUUGGAUUUUCUGAAUAGCAAAUAGCAAUGUACUGUACAGAAAAUACACCAGUGGGCCUAUUCCACAAACCCAAACAACCAUAAUCCCCAAACAACCCAGUCCACAGCUCCUUCCCUCCUCUCCAGAGCUGUAUGGGGGUAAUUCAUUGAUUUUAUUAGGAUCCCCAUUAGCCGACGCCAAUGGCGACAGCUAGUCUUACUGGGGUCCGACAUUACAGACAAAAUACUUUACAAUUUACAUGCAUUUAAAACAUGAACAUGUAGUGUGCUUGUGUGUGAGUGCAUCUAUCAGUUACACAUACAUGUCAGUACAUACAACAAGUAAGUCAAAUAGGGGAGAGGUGUUGCUUUAUUUGUUUUUUGAAACCAGGUUUGCUGUUCAUUUGCACUAUAUGAGAUGGAAGGGAGUUCCAUGCAAUCAUUGCUCUGUAUAAUACUGUAUGUGUGUUUAAAUGUGUUCUGGACCUGGGGACUGUGAAAAGACCUCUGGUGGCAUGUCUGGUAGGGUAAGUGUGUGUCAGUGCUAUAAGUUGACUAUGCAAACAAUUUGGAAUUUCUAACACAUGAAUGUUUCUUAUAAAAACAAUGAUGCAGUCUUUCCUCAACUCUUAGCCAAGAGAGACUGGCAAGCAUAGUAUAGACAUCAGCCCUCUGAUUACAAUGAAGAGCAAAAUGUGCCGCUCUGUUCUGGGCCAGCUGCAGCUUAACUAAGUCCUUCUUUGCAGCACUUGAUCAUAUGACUGGAAAAUAAUCAAGAUAAGAUAAAACUAGAGCCUGCAGGACUUGCUUUGUGGAGUGUGGUGUCAAAAAAUCAGAGCAUCUCUUUAUCACGGACCUUUCCCCAUCUUUACAACUAUUUAAUCUAUAUGUUUUGCACAUGCCAGUUUAUAAUCUAAGGUAACACCAAGUAAUUUAGUCUCCUCAACUUGCUCAACAGCCACACCAUUCAUUACCAGAUUCAGCUGAGGUCUAGAACUUAGGGAAUGAUUUGUACCAAAUACAAUGCUCUUAGUUUAAGAGAUGUUCAGGACCAGUUUAUUACUGGCCACCCAUUCUAAAACUGACUGCAACUCUUUGUUUAGGGUUGCAGUGACUUCACUAGUUGUGGUUGCUGACGCGUAUAGGUUUGAAUCAUUAGCAUACAUGGACACACAGGCUUUGUUUAAUGCCAGUGGGUGUUCAUUGGUAAAAAUAGAAAAGAAUAGUGGGCCAAGAGAGCUGCUCCGCGGUACACCACACUUUACAUGUUUAAAAUUAGAGAAGCUUCCAUUAAAGUGUUGUGUAUUCCCAUGGGGGGCCAGUAUGAAAAUGUAUGCACUCACUAACUGUAUGUCGCUCUGGAUAAGAGCGUCUGCUAAAUGACUAAAAUGUAAAUGUAAAAAAUGUGUAUGCUAUUGCCCCCACGGUUGACCAGGCUCUAUCUGAACUACAGUAUGCCUUCAUUGUAUUACAGAAAAACUUUAUUGACCUGAAAUUAGUACUGAAUGCAGGUAAAACUAAGUAUAUGUUCUCUAGAGCGCAUAAAAAUAACUGAUGAUUUAAGCCUACAGUUGAAGUCGGAAGUUUACAUACACUUAGGUUAGAGUCAUUAAAACUUGUUUUUCAACCACUCCACUAAUUUCUUGUUAACAAACUAUAGUUUUGGCAAGUCAGUUAGGACAUCUACUUUGUGUAUGAAACAAGUAAUUUUUCCAACAAUUGUUUACAGAAAGAUUAUUUCACUUAUAAUUCACUGUAUCACAAUUCCAGUGGGUCAGAAGUUUACAUACACUAAGUUGACUGUGCCUUUAAACAGCUUGGAAAAAUCCAGAAAAUGAUGUCAUGGCUUUAGAAGCUUCUGAUAGGCUAAUUGACAUCAUUUGAGUCAACUGGAUGUGUACCUGUGGAUGUAUUUCAAGGCCUACCUUCAAACUCAGUGCCUCUUUGUUUGACAUCAUGGGAAAAUCAAAAGGAAUCAGCCAAGACCUCGGAAAAAAUAUUGUAGACCUCCAAGUCUGGUUCAUCCUUUCCAACUUUCCAAACGCCUGAAGGUACCACGUUCAUCUGUACAAACAAUAGUACACAAGUAUAAACACCGCUCAGGAAGGAGAUGCGUUCUGUCACCUAGAAAUUAAUGUACUUUGGUGCGAAAAGUGCAAAUCAAUCCCAGAACAACAGCAAAGGACCUUGUGAAGAUGCUGGAGGAAACGGGUACAAAAGUAUCUAUAUCCACAGUAAAACAAGUCCUAUAUCGACAUAACCUGAAAGGCCGCUCAGCAAGGAAGAAGCCACUGCUCCAAAGCCACCACAAAAAAGCCAGACUACGGUUUGCAGCUGCACAUGGGGACAAAGAUCGUACUUUUUGGAGAAAUGUCCUCUGGUCUGAUGAAACAAAAAUAGAACUGUUUGGCCAUAAUGACCAUCGUUAUGUUUGGAGGAAAAAGGGGGUUGCUUGCAAGCCGAAGAACACCAUCCCAACCGUGAAGCACGGGGGUGGCAGCAUCAUGCUGUGGGGGUGCUUUGCUGCAGGAGGGACUGGUGCACUUCACAAAAUAGAUGGCAUCAUGAGGAAGGAAUAUUAUGUGGAUAAAUUGAAGCAACAUCUCAAGACAUCAGUGAGGAAGUUAAAGCUUGGUCGCAAAUGGGUCUUCCAAAUGGACAAUGACCCCAAGCAUACUUCCAAAGUUGUGGAAAAAUGGCUUAAGGACAACAAAGUCAAGGUAUUGGAGUGGCCAUCACAAAGGCCUGACCUCAAUCCUAUAAAAAAUGUGUGGGCAGAACUGAAAAAGCACAUGCGAGCAAGGAGGCCUACAAACCUGACUCAGUUACACCAGCUCUGUCAGGAGGAAUGGCCCAAAGUUCACCCAACUUAUUGUGGGAAGCUUGUUGAAGGCUACCCGAAACGUUUGACCCAAGUUAAACAAUUUCAAAGCAAUGCUACCAAAUACUAAUUGAGUGUAUGUAAACUUCUGACCCACUGGGAUUGUGAUGAAAGAAAUAAAAGCUGAAAUAAAUAAUUCUCUACUAUUAUUCUGAAAUUUAACAUUCUUAAAAUAAAGUGGUGAUCCUAACUGACCUAAGACAGGGAAUUUUUACUAGGAUUAAAUGUCAGGAAUUGUGAAAAACUGAGUUUAAAUGUAUUUGGCUAAGGUGUAUGUAAACUUCCGACUUCAACUGUAUGUACUUUAGAUGGUGUCCAUAUUGAUCAUGUCCCUCCUUACAAAUAUCUGGGCAUCUGGAUAGAUGAAAAGCUGUCUCUUAAAAAGGAUAUUGAUGAGUUAGUUAAGAAGUUGAGAAUAAAAAUGGCUUCUUCUCUGUGUUCUAUUAGAUAGAUAGCUCUGAAUCCACGAUAUGGCAGAGGUUGAAAAGCCAUAACACAUACGUUUUUUCAGGUUAUGGUCAAUAAUACCAAAAGCUGCACUGAAAUCUAACAGUACAGCACCCACAAUCUUCUUAUUAUCAAUUUCUUUCAACCAAUCAGCAGUCAUUUGCAGGGGUGCCACUUUUGUGAAGUGCACCAGUCCCUCCUUCAGCAAAGCACCCCCACAGCAUGAUGCUGCCACCCCCGUGCUUCACGGUUGGGAUGGUUGUUCUUCGGCUUGCAAGGCCUUCCCCUUUUUCCUCCAAACAUAACGAUGGACAUUAUGGGCAAACAGUUCUAUUUUUGUUUCAUCAGACCAGAGGACAUUUCUCCAAAAAGUACGAUCUUUGUCCCCAUGUGCAGUUGCAAACCGUAGUCUGCUUUUUAUGCUUUACUUGGAUUAUAGAUACUUUGUACCUGUUCCAGCUCUUACCCUUUGUUUGGGAUGAUUUGAUACUUUUCGCACAAAGUAGUUAAUUCUGGGACAAAAUCCCUUCCUAAUGUAUGAGGCUGCAUUACCUGUGUUUAUCUUACAGUGGGCCACCACAAUUGUGCAAGUUCUCCCACUUAAAAAGAUGAGAGAGGCCUGUGUAAUUUUCUCAUAGGUUACACGUCAAAGCUAUGACAGACAAAUGAGAUUUUUGUUUCCAGAAAAUCACAUUGUAAGGAUUUGAAUGCAUUAUUUGCAAAUUAUGGUGGAAAAUAAGUAUUUGGUCACCUACAAACAAGCAAGAUUUCUGGCUCUCACAGACCUGUAACUUCUUCUUUAAGAGGCUCCUCUGUCCUUCCACUCGUUACCUGUAUUUAAUGGCACCUGUUUGAACUUGUUAUCAGUAUAAAAGACACCUGUCCACAACCUCAAACAGUCACACUCCAAACUCCACUAUGGCCAAGACCAAAGAGCUGUCAAAGGACACCAGAAACAAAAUUGUAGACCUGCACCAGGCUGGGAAGACUGAAUCUGCAAUAGGUAAGCAGCUUGGUUUGAAGAAAUCAACUGUGGGAGCAAUUAUUAGGAAAUGGAAGACAUACAAGACCACUGAUAAUCUCCCUCGAUCUGGGGCUCCACGCAAGAUCUCACCCCGUGGGGUCAAAAUGAUCACAAGAACGGUGAGCAAAAAUCCCAGAACCACACGGGGGGACCUAGUGAAUGACCUGCAGAGAGCUGGGACCAAAGUAACAAAGCCUACCAUCAGUAACACACUACGCCGCCAGGGACUCAAAUCCUGCAGUGCAAGACGUGUCCCCCUGCUUAAGCCAGUACAUGUCCAGGCCCGUCUGAAGUUUGCUAGAGUGCAUUUGGAUGAUCCAGAAGAGGAUUGGGAGAAUGUCAUAUGGUCAGAUGAAACUAAAAUAUAACCUUUUGGUAAAAACUCAACUCGUCGUGUUUGGAGGACAAAGAAUGCUGAGUUGCAUCCAAAGAACACCAUACCUACUGUGAAGCAUGGGGGUGGAAACAUCAUGCUUUGGGGCUGUUUUUCUGCAAAGGGACCAGGACGACUGAUCCGUGUAAAGGAAAGAAUGAAUGGGGCCAUGUAUCGUGAGAUUUUGAGUGAAAACCUCCUUCCAUCAGCAAGGGCAUUGAAGAUGAAAUGUGGCUGGGUCUUUCAGCAUGACAAUGAUCCCAAACACACCGCCCGGGCAACGAAGGAGUGGCUUCGUAAGAAGCAUUUCAAGGUCCUGGAGUGGCCUAGCCAGUCUCCAGAUCUCAACCCCAUAGAAAAUCUUUGGAGGGAGUUGAAAGUCCGGGUUGCCCAGCGACAGCCCCAAAACAUCACUGCUCUAGAGGAGAUCUGCAUGGAGGAAUGGGCCAAAAUACCAGCAACAGUGUGUGAAAACCUUGUGAAGACUUACAGAAAACGUUUGACCUGUGUCAUUGCCAACAAAGGGUAUAUAACAAAGUAUUGAGAAACUUUUGUUAUGACCAAAUACUUAUUUUCCACCAUAAUUAGCAAAUAAAUUUAUUAAAAAUCCUACAAUGUGAUUUUCUGGAUUUUUUUUCCUCAUUUUGUCUGUCAUAGUUGACGUGUACCUAUGAUGAAAAUUACAGGCCUCUCUCAUCUUUUUAAGUGGGAGAACUUGCACAAUUGUUGGCUGACUAAAUACUUUUUCCCCCACUGUAAUAUGGAACAGAGCAAACAAAGCAAGAGAAAAACAAACAAACAUUCAGCAGUCCAUUAAUCAGUUGGUGUAUGUAAGUGUGUGUGUGCUGCGGGGUUGAAGCUAUGAACCCAUAGGCUUAGCGCUCUCAUCCCUGCCAGGCUUUUGGGAGGGAGGGUGGACAAUGAGCCUGUCAUAGCAGAUGUACUGUAAGCAAUGUCCCCACACGCUCUGGCAGCUUUAAUGGCUGGGGUGCAUUUUUCCUCUUCUGGCGCACAGCUUCAGGAUAGUCCUUGUUGAGGAAGAUGUACGUCCCUCUCAAGUUUUUGGCUCUUUCCAGAACAGCUAUCUUGUCCUUGAACCUCAGGAACUUGACCACUAUCGGCCUGGGCCUGUCACCUGGGCCGGUGGUGGGUUUUCCAGUCCUCUGGUUGCGCUCUACCUCAAUGUUCCUGUGGUCCAUCAUCAGUUUCUCAAUGAUCAUUUCCCUCACGUUGUCCUCAGACUCCGUCCAGGUCUCAUGUGGCAAUUCUGCAAUUCCGUCCACAACAAUGUUGUUCCGCCUUGAUUGUCCCUUGAGAUAAGCUGAUUUCUCCAUUAUUAUCAUGGAUUCACAUACAGAACUGAUGUCCUCUCUCAAUGACUUACGGAUUGCUGUCAUCUUGGUGUUCUCCUGUUUAAACUCAUCGAACUGACCAUGGGAGAACUGCAAACUGUUCUUCAGGUCCUGGACCUCUCUGGUCAGGUCGUCCAUUAUUUUAUUAGUUGACUCCACCAGUAUUUGGACACAACACUUUAAGCUAUUUUCUUGUUGUUGUAACAACUGCUUGUAGAAACUUUUUGUUCAUUUAAAAGAUCCUUGACCUGUGAUAGAGAACCACUGUCCUCAACAGUGCUCCCACCGGCUUUGUCAUGGUACCAAUGUAGGCUAUGCUGUUACUCCUCGCACUUCCAGACAGGGCAGGUCGCAGGGAAGAUGGCGCCAACGAGGGAACAAUGAGCUACUUCUCUGGAGCAAAAUAGACCUGGUAUUGUUCAGGGCAGGUCGCAGGGCAGAUGGAAACCGCAACAAACAGCAGAGAUCUAGACAGCCACAAGCCCGGGACAAUCUGUGGUCCUAGCCACAAGGGCUAACCGCGCCGGGGGCUGCGUUCACAAUUCGUUGGGGCAGUGAAUUGUGAAGCGUCUCUCUGUCUGUCAUUAACCCAGGGUUAGUUAUGUGUUAAGCACACUGGGGUUCUGGUCUAGACACACACAGCAGAACACAGCAGAGAUCAGACGUGAGAUGUCAGCCCAACCUGAGCAGCUCGUUAGAGAAACCCCUGAAGGAGCAGACCGUCUCAUGUAUAAACAUAUGGGCCUGGGCUAUUUUAAGAUCCUUUGUGCAUUAGGUGUAUCUGUCUCUCUGAGGGUCUGCGUUUAUAGUGUGUGUGUGUGUGUGUGUGUGUGUGUGUGUGUGUGUGUGAGAGACUGGCCCUGUGUGUGUGCGCAGUGUUCCUGCCUCAGUGAUUCAUCACAGUGCCUGGGGCCAGUGCUCGUGCUCUCUGGACUCAGGGUCUUGCUCUCUCUUCUUUCUCUCUCUUCACUCUCUCUCUCUCCCUCUUACUCUCUCUUUUCUCCCUUCCUCUCUCUCUCUCCCUCCAUCUCCCUCCCUCACUCCUCUCUCUCUCUUUUCCCCUCUGUCAUCCUCUCUUUCUCUCCCAUUCGGUCUCUCUCGCUCUCUCUCUCUCUCUCUCUCUCUCUCGCUCUCUCUCUCCUCUCUCUCUCGCUCUCUCUCUCUCUUGCUCUCUCUCUCUCUGUUUUUCUCUCCCUCCCUCCCGUCGUCCUUCCAUCCCUCAUUCCACAUACUGUCUGAUUGGGAUGUGCAUGCAUCCGUCUCCUGCUGUGUGUGUUUCAAUCAGGUGUUGUUUCUAGCUUGUCCUCGUUUCAUCUCACUUUAUUAUCUCAUUUCCACUACCAGAUAGACAGGGUUUUCAGAUAUUGUUUUGCUGUCUCUAAAGAAAAUAAUGGAGCGCAAGAAGGCGUAGAGGAUGAUUAAACAGACUGUAGCCUACAUUUCAGAGGGUAAUGGAUUAUGGUGAAACUAUUGUCUUGAUUCACUGCUUUUCUGAGGAGGAUAUAUAUCUAACCCCCCAAAAGUGAGGAUAUAUAUCUAACCCCCCAAAAGUGAUAUUUGUUUUCAAACUGACAUUUUUAUUUUAUUUCAGUUUUUCAGUGCUUUUACCCAAUCUGACCAGUGUCUCUCUGUCUCUGUGGCUGUGUGUGCUUGUAUCUCUCUCUGUGUGUGUGUGUCUCUAGUAUUCCCUGUGUAACGAGCCCCUGAUUGAGCUGUCCAACCCUGGGGCCAGUGGGUCUGUGUUCUACCUGACCAAGGACGACGAGUUCAUCAUCAAGACCGUCAUGCACAAGGAGGCCGAGUUUCUGCAGAAGCUGCUGCCUGGCUACUACAUGGUGAGAUGUGACCCCAGACACUCACAAUACGCACACAUGCACGCACUUACACAUACACAAACGCACAUGCGUGCACGAAUAUACACAAACAUACAAACACACAAAAACACAUGCGCCCACACACACACUGCAUCAUUCUUUCACAUACUGCACUCUUCAUCAUUGUAAUCCCACUCACUAACAUACUAAACUCACUCUACAACCAGAGACGCCACCUUUCCUGAUGAAUAAAACAUUCCUUAUUUUCUGACACAAAGGAACAUGAAGCCCAUGUUUUGCUGAUCCCAUCCUUACACACUUCAUUGCUCCAAUCUCAAACAACUCUGCCUAGCUGCUUUAUACCUUGGUACAUUCAUUGUCUAGACCAGGGAUUGGCAACUUUGAUUGGAGUGGGGGCCACAAAAAAUCUGAACUCAUCAUGUGUUUUAGAGUUAAUUUCGUGCAAUUCUACACAUUUUGCCAUGGGCUGUAGAGAAAAUGUAGCUGUUUUAAAAGCUAGUUUGCUGCAAAUCUACAAUUGUUUUUGCCAUAGGAUGGAGAGAAAUGUUUGCAGUUUUUAAUAUGAUAUCUGAGUGAGACUGACUAACAAAAUCAACGGGGGCUCCCCGGGCUCUAAUUUGACCUUGAUUACUACAAGUUUAGAUAGCUGGCCGCUAGACUAACUUACCAAUCUAGAAAAUGUAUCUGACAUGGGCUAAUUGAGUGACGAUCAGUGACUGACAUAACAAGAUAAAAACUGUUGAUGCACAACCAAAUUUCAAAAUUGCACCUUGUGUAUUCUACCUCGUAACAGUAAGUUGAGACCCCGACUAAAUUGAUCCGAGGGCCUGGGUCGCCAGUUGCCCAUUCCUGGUCUAGACUGCAGAUAACUGGAGGUCACCGAGCCAUGGAAGGCCCUUGUCACUGUGUAACAGAAGCAGGAUGUUGUUGAGCCUCAGUUAGCCAUGCUGGUCACACUUCAGUAGAACUCUGUUUAAAUAGCAACAGCUCCAUGUAUGUCCAUGUUUCUAUUUUAGGUUCCUGGUGGGGCUAAGCUUGUGUAAAUUCAUGUACCAACAGGCCUGGCAACAGAGCAUUAGUACAUGAGAACAGGAAGACUCACGCAUUUACACGGACCUUUUCCACAAUUUUGGCUCCAGACCAUUGCAGUUACACGAUUCUUAUGGGUGUUUUAGGUAUGCGAGUUAAGAAGCCCAGAGAGAUUCUGAGCCAUGCAGGUUAUCUAUAGCCUGAAGCCAUAACAGACUUAGACUGACUGACUGAGACACAGUGGGGAGACAGACACACAGACACACAGGCAGUAGAGCAGCUCUACACGUCUGCUGCAGCUGACAGGACUAGGUUGGGCUGGGGGCAUAAUGUAAAGCAUGGUGAUGUAACAGAUGUCCGUGCCACCCCCUCACUUUUCCCCCUCACACUUGUUUUCCACACUCUCUCAUGCUAUUAUUUUCCAUGCCGGUUUUCCCCCCAUCAUUUUUAAAUGUUCCAUGCCAAGCUCGAUUCUCUGUCACGCUUUCACUUGCUCUCACCCUCUCACAUCUCUCUUUCUAUCCCUGUUUUUCCCUCCCCCGCUCUCUCUCUCUCACGUGUCUGUUGUUGACUUGUCAGCGCUGUGCCCUCCACUCAUGGACAGAGGGGUCGUGUCUGGCUGGAGGAUAUGGGUUCACUCCCUCUCUCUCUUCUACUCUCUCUCUAUCAUGCUCCAGUCGGUCUCUCCUUUGAAGGUCACUGGCUGUGGCCUAAAAGCCUGAAGGCCCCUCAGCAGGCUGCUGUUGGAGCCCUGUGGCCCCUCUGGCCCCCUCCGUCCUCUCUCUCUCUCUCUCUCUCUCUCUCUCUCUCUCUCUCUCUCUCUCUCUCUCUCUCUCUCUCUCUCUCUCUCUCUCUCUCUCUCUCUCUCUCUCUCUCUCUCUCUCUCUCUCUCUCUCUCUGUGUCUGUCUGACUGCCAGCGGUGGUUGUCUUUGAGUGGAUAAGGAGCAGGCUCCUUAAGCCACUCUGUCUGCCUGUCUCCCCCUCUCUAUCUACAGUUGAAGUCGGAAGUUUACAUACAUUUAGGUUGGAGUCAUUAAAACUUGUUUUUCAACCACUCCACAAAUGUCUUGUUAACAAACUAUAGUUUUGGCAAGUCGGUUAGGACAUCUACUUUGUGCAUGACACAAGUAAUUUUUCCAACAAUUGUUUACAGACAGAUUAUUUCACUUAUAAUUCACGGUAUCACAAUUCCAGUGGGUCAGAAGUUUACAUACACUAAGUUGACUGUGCCUUUAAACAGCUUGGAAAAUUCCAGAAAAUGAUGUCAUGGCUUUAGAAGCUUCUGAUAGGCUAAUUGACAUCAUUUGAGUCAAUUGGAAGUGUACCUGUGGAUGUAUUUCAAGGCCUACCUUCAAACACAGUGCCUCUUUGCUUGACAUCAUGGGAGAAUCAAAAGAAAUCAGCCAAGACCUCAGGAAAAGAAUUGUAGACCUCCACAAGUCUGGUUCAUCCUUGGGAGCAAUUUCCAAACGCCUGAAGGUACUACGUUCAUCUGUACAAACAAUAGUACGCAAAUAUAAACACCAUGGGACCACGCAGCCGUCAUUCUGCUCAGGAAGGAGAUGCGUUCUGUCUCCUAGAGAUGAAUGUACUUUUGUGCGAAAAGUGCAAAUCAAUCCCAGAACAACAGCAAAGGACCUUGUGAAGAUGCUGGAGGAAACUGGUACAAAAGUAUCUAUAUCCACAGUAAAACAAGUCCUAUGUCUACAUAACCUGAAAGGCUGCUCAGCAAGGAAGAAGCCACUGCUCCAAAACCGCCAUAAAAAAGCCAGACUACGGUUUGCAACUGCACAUGGGGACAAAUAUCGUACUUUUUGGAGAAAUGUCCUCUGGUCUGAUGAAACAAAAAUAGAACUGUUUUGGCCAUAAUGACCAUCAUUAUGUUUGGAGGAAAAAGGGGGUGGCUUGCAAGCCGAAGAACUCCAUCCCAACCGUGAAGCACGGGGGUGGCAGCAUCAUGCUGUGGUGGUGCUUUGCUGCAGGAGGGACUGGUGCACUUCACAAAAUAGAUGGCAUCAUGAGGAAGGAAAAUUAUGUGGAUAUAUUGAAGCAACAUCUCAAGACAUCAGUCAGGAAGUUAAAGCUUGGUCGCAAAUGGGUCUUCCAAAUGGACAAUGACCCCAAGCCUACUUCCAAAGUUGUGGCAAAAUGGCUUAAGGACAACAAAGUCAAGGUAUUGGAGUGGCCAUCACAAAGCCCUGACCUCAAUCCUAUAGAUAAUUUGUGAGCAGAACUGAAAAAGCGUGUGUGAGCAAGGAGGCCUGACUCCGUUACACCAGCUUUGUCAGGAGGAAUGGGCCAAAAUUCACCCAACUUAUUGUGGGAAGCUUGUGGAAGGCUACCCGAACCGUUUGACCCAAGUUAAACAAUUUAAAGGCAAAGCUACCAAAUACUAAUUGAGUGUAUGUAAACUUCUGACCAACUGGGAAUGUGAUGAAAGAAAUAAAAGCUGAAAUAAAUCAUUCUCUCUACUAUUAUUCUGACAUUUCACAUUCUUAAAAUAAAGUGGUGAUCCUAACUGACCUAAGACAGGGAAUUUUUACUAGGAUUGUGAAAAACUUACUUUAAAUGUAUUUGGCUAAGGUGUAUGUAAACCUCCGACUUCAACUGUAUCUAUCUAUCUCUCUCUCUCUAUCGCUCUAUUUCUCUCUCUCUCUCUCUCUCUCGCUCUCUCUCGCUCUCUCUCUCUAGCUCUCUCUCUGUCUGUCUGCCAGCCAGUGGUGGUUGUCUUUGAGUGGAUAAGGAGCAGGCUCCUCUGUCAUUACUUUAAUGGGAUUUAGGAGGUUUUUGGAACGUUUGUCGCUUGGCUAACCUAAUUUAAAGGGGAAGAUUGAUGAUGAGGAGAUAUUUUUACUGAAGGAUGAAUUAGAUUUGUUUAAACGGCUCGUGCUUUGGGUUACUGCUUUCGGUCUUUUUUUAGUUAUUCAUGUGUUUUGAAUAUUUUGAAGGUUAGUUUAGUGGUACCAAAUUCUGGACUGUUUGUUCCAAUACUGCCCUGUGCUCUUGGUGCUGUUGGUCUUUUUCUUACUCUGUCUUUCUCUUUCUCCAGAACCUCAACCAGAACCCUCGCACCCUGCUUCCCAAGUUCUUCGGCCUGUACUGCAUCCAAUCUGGCGGUAAGAACAUCCGCAUGGUGGUCAUGAACAACGUUCUACCGCGCGCCGUCCGCAUGCACCUCAAGUUUGACCUGAAGGGCUCCACGUACAAACGCUGUGCCUCCAAGAAGGAGAGACAGAAAGCCAAGCCCACCUUCAAAGACCUGGACUUCAUGCAGGACCUGCAGGAUGGCCUGAUGCUGGACCAGGAUAUGUACAGCGCUCUGGUCAAGACCCUGCAGAGAGACUGUCUGGUGAGGAAAACCAGCCGGGUUUAGGACCCAUUGCUAUAAAGGUUUAAAUUACACAUUGACGUAGUUUGAAACCUAGCAUCUAUAGUUGUGGGCAUUAAAAAUUUACUUUUUCAAUCUAGCUCUUUUUCUUGUACAAUUAACAAAAACGGAUGUGAAAGGAAAACAACAAAACAUUAGCCACAUCUGGCCAGCAGAACCAGCUCCUCAAAAUGUAAUAUAACAUAAAAGGAUAUCUAGCACAAGGAGAUACAUCAUCAUCCCCCAUGUAUUCAUUAUAUUUGUUAGAAUAGACAGCCAACAGCAGGCAGAAUGAACACAUGAAUAGCACUCAAGUGAAGAUUUGAACACAAAAAAGGAAAAUUAUUUCAGAAUUGUUUUGAUGGAUGAAUCCAUUUAGAACUAAAUUGAGAGUAUGCCUAGUACAUGAAGUCAAAAGUAAUAUCAUCAUUCCUGUAUGUAAUGUAAUUUCAUAAACCAGACUGGUUUUCAAUUUAACAAAAGUAAGAGGAACUAUUUAAAAUAUUUUCACGAAGACAACAGACAAGUUUAGGCCUACUAAAUAGACAGUUCCAUACAUGUCCAUCGUUAAUAUGACAAACUCUCUUUGACGCCAAGCAGCAAGUUCAUAAUUAAAUACAUUUCUGAAAUAUGCCCCUGACUGUGCGGUUACGUCAUCCACUGUAAAGCAAAUGUUUUAUAUGGCACUGCAGUACAGGUUAACUUUUUAAUGCCCUGAACUGCAAAAGAAAAGAUCAUUGAGAAGGACCCCAUUGACGGGUGGACCUGUUCAUAGGGUUGAUAGACCUGGCUCAGUCGCAUAACUGUGACCCAUAUCUCUGUGUAUGUUGCCAGGUGCUGGAGAGCUUUAAGAUCAUGGACUACAGCUUGCUGCUGGGGGUCCAUAACAUCGACCAGGCAGAGCGGGAGCAGCAGAUGGAGGGAGGCGAGAAGGAUGAGAAGAGGCCCGUGGCCCAGAAGGCCCUCUACUCCACCGCCAUGGAGUCUAUCCAGGGAGGGGCUGCCUGCGGCGAGUCUAUCGACACAGACGACACGUGAGUGAAUGAGACGUGUGACAGGCUGGGUGGGGUGUGUUUGAGUGUCGCUUGCUGUCUCCUUGUAAAUCUCUCUGUUUGUCAGUGUCACUUUUUUUAUCUCACUCCAUCUCUUCAUGUUUGUCUCGGUAGGAUGGGAGGCAUCCCAGCAGUCAAUGGGAAAGGAGAGCGUCUACUCCUCUACAUCGGAAUCAUAGACAUCCUGCAAUCCUACAGGUAAUAAUCAUACAUCAUUCAGUCAUACAGGUACCCAUACAUCAUAUAAAUUAUACAGAGUUGUGUUCAUUAGGGCACACUGUAGCAAAACGUUUUGGAAUGGAAACGAAAACUAAUGUUUCUUAUUGGAGAAGUUCAGAUAGUCCCUCUAUUUACUUCAGUUUGGGGCCUAAUGAAUGUGACCCAGGUAACUACACUGAACAAAAAUAUAAACGCAACAUGUAAAGUGUUUGUCCCAUGUUGCAUGAGCGGAAAUAAAAGAUCCCAGAAAUGUUCCAUACGCACAAAAAGCUUAUUUCUCUCAAAUGUUGUGCACAAAUUUGUUUACAUUCCUGUUAGUGAGCAUUUCUCCUUUGCCAAGAUAAUCCAUCCACCUGACAGGUGUGGCAUAGCAAGAAGCUGAUUAAACAGCCUGAUCAUUACACAGGUGCACCUUGUGCUGGGGACAAUAAAAGACCACUCUAAAAUGUGCAGUUUUGUCACACAACACAAUCCCACAGAUGUCUCAAGUUUUGAGGGAGCGUGAAAUUGGCAUGCUGACUGCAGGAAUGUCCACCAGGGUUGUUGCCAGAUAACUGAAUGUUCAUUUCUCUACCAUAAGCCGCCUCCAAUGUCGUUUUAGAGAAUUCGGCAGUGCAUCCAACCGGCCUCACAACCGCAGACCACGUGCAUGUUGUUGUGUGGGUGAGCAGUUUGCUGAUGUCAAUGUUGUGAACAGAGUGCCCCAUGGUGGUGGUGGUGGGGUUAUGGUAUGGGAAGGCAUAAGCUACAGACAACGAACACAAUUGCAUUUUAUUGAUGGCAAUUUGAAUGCACAGAGAUACCGUGACGAGAUCCUGAGGCCCAUUGUCGUGCCAGUCAUCUGCCGCCAUCACCUCAUGUUUCAGCAUGAUACUGCACAGCCCCAUGUCGCAAGGAUCUGUACACAAUUCCUGGAAACUGAAAAUGUCCCAGUUCUUCCAUGGCCUGCAUACUCACCAGACAUGUCACCCAUUGAGCAUGUUUGGGAUGCUCUGGAUCAAUGUGUACGACAGCCUGUUCCAGUUCCCGCCAAUAUCCAGCAACUUUGCACAGCCAUUGAAGAGGAGUGGGACAACAUUCCACAGGCCACAAUCAACAGCCUGAUCAACUCUAUGCGAAGGAGAUGUGUCACGCUGCAUGAGGCAAAUGGUGGUCACACGAGAUACUGACUGGUUUUCUGAUCCACGCCCCUACCUUUCUUUUUAAGGUAUCUGUGAUUAACAGAUGCAUAUCUGUAUUCACAGUUAUGUGAAAUCCAUAGAUUUGGGCCUAAUGAAUACGUUUCAAUUGACUGAUUUCCUUAUAUGAACUGUAACUCAGUAAAAUCUUUGGAAUUGUUGCAUGUUGUGUUUAUAUUUUUGUUCAGUAUAAAUUAGAACUCAUUCAGUCACUCUCUGUCAUGUAGAACCAGCCUCCCAGCUUCAUAAGAUGAACAACAUAUUCAGCCUCCAUCAGUGUAUAAAACAACAGCCUGUAGCAUGGAUGGCUGACGCUUUUUAUAUUUGUCUCUGUGACUUUAAUACCAAACGUUUGAGUGUUAUUUCUUUACGGUUCCAGGCUAAUAAAGAAACUGGAGCACACAUGGAAAGCUAUGGUUCACGAUGGGGUGAGUUUCACGUUCAUUAUAUAAUCCUUCUUUAUUUGUAUUUCCUAUUACAGUCUGGGUGGGCUCUGUAAUCAUAUCUGAUCUCUUUAUGAACAUAAUCAUUUCUAAAAUCCGUUUCUUCUCUGGCUUAUGGGUUAUGUCAUACUAUGUUUUCUUCUUAUGAGUUAUUCUAUUGCCAAGUCUUGUGACUGGUUGAGGUUUUCUUUGGUUAUGUUUAGGGGUCAAGGGUUUCCUGAUCAUGUGACCUACGAGUAGAGCCCAGAGUUUUUCCUGCUCAGGUCAUGUGUUGAGGAAAAACUCCUGGCCCCUAGUCCUUUUUAUGGACAGACAGCCUUCCUUACUCCAGCCCUUCCCAGGCAGACAGCUGUGUAACCAGUUGUGUGUGUUUUAAUCAUUGAACACCAAGCCAGCGUUUGUCUAUUCCCCCCUCUCUCUGUCUGGGAGUAUGCUAUACCCAGACCGUGUGGUAACUGCCAUUCUUUUCCCUCAUGCAUUUAUUGAUGAAGUCACAGCUAUACGGCCUCCCGAGUGGCGCAGCGGUCUAAGGCACUGCAUCACAGUGCUUGAGGCGUCAAUACAGACCCCCAGGCUGUAUCACAACCGGCCGUGAUCGGGAGUCCCAUAGGGCGGCGCACAAUUGGCCCAGCGUCGUCCGGGUUUGGCCAGUAUAGGCCGUCAUUGUAAAUAAUAAUUUGUUCUUAACUGACUUGCCUAGUUAAAUAAAGGUAAAAUAAAAAAUAAAUACAGACAGGUUGAGCUAUUGUGGAGAAGCAGGGUAGCCCUUUGUGUGUGUUUGGCCUUGUGUAUAAGUGCAGGUCCUUCUGGCCAUUUGUCUAAGUAGUGUGUGUAGCCUCCUAAUUGAAUCUGUCCAAUACACAUGUACUCAGCGACCCAGUAAGAGCCCCCUCCUCAUCUCUUCCUCUUUCCCCCUCUCCACAUCUCCAUCACUAACAUAUCCUGUGGCUGUGACCUCAAACACCUCAGACUCCCCCCUUUCCUCUCAGACAUCAGCUUCAGGAUGCUCCUAAUAUAGAACGACAGUCUCUCACUCUCUCUCACUCUCUCUCUCUCUCUCUCUCUCUCUCUCUCUCUCUCUCUCUCUCUCUCUCUCUCUCUCUCUCUCUCUCUCUCUCUCUCUCUCUUUCUCUCUCUCUCUCUUUCUCUCUCUCUUUCUCUCUCUCUUUCUUUCUUUCUUUCUUUCUUGCUUAUUUCUCCCUCACCCUCUCUUGUCUAACAAGCCUGGUGUACAUCACCUUAGGUUCUCACCCUGUCUCUGUGACGUGUUGUGAAACCAGCAUAAUGACUGAAUGAUGAAGGGCCUUAUAUUCUCAGGGUUAACACAUCUAACACAUACGCACAUCGGGAUUUAUUCAGCUGCAGUGAUGCUCUCAUUGUCUACCUCUGAAUAAUAGGAUGGGAUGAGGAAGUGUUGUUUUCUUCUGGCCUACUCUAGAGAGAGAGGAUUCAUACUCUCCCUCUAUCUCUCUCUCUCUCGCUCUCUCUACCUCUCUCUCGUUCGCUUUGUCUUUCUCUCCUCAUACCCUUUUCUCUGCCUCUCUCCAUCUUUCUUUCUUUCUCUCUCUCUCUCUCUCUCUCUCUCUCUCUCUCUCUCUCUCUCUCUCUCUCUCUCUCUCUCUCUCUCUCUCUCUCUCUCUCUCUCUCUCUCUCUCUCUCAGGACACCGUAUCAGUCCAUCGGCCAGGCUUCUAUGCAGACAGGUUCUUCAAAUUUAUGAGCAGCACUGUGUUCAAGAAGAGCUCCUGUGAGUAGACCUGACCAGACUAGACUAGACUACCAGUCAGUCAGACUGACAGACACACCGCUUCCACUGCCUCAAGCUGUCUGAGAAAAUCAAAGACCUGCUAAAUUCACUUAUUGUUAUGCUUGAAGGUUGCUGUUGGCUUUUAACUUGAUGUCUUUAACUUGAUGUCUUUUGAAUGGAUGUACUUUUUCACUUGAACUGCAAAUCCUCUUAUGUAUUUUGUACUGGGAGGGAUUAGAAAAGAUAGAAGAUAUUGAACACUCAAACACACACUUAGUACAGUGUUCCCUUUGGUAAUAAGAAGAUGUAAGUGAUGUUAUUCCUCUGUGUGUGUUCCCCAGCCUUGAAGUCUUCUCCCAUUAAGAAGGGCCGUGUGGGCCUGACGGUGCCUAAGUACACUGGCCCUGGGGCCGCCUGGUCAGCCAGCCAGCUGCCCUCGGAGAGAGAUGACAACAUCUACGACCUGAGAGGAGCACGCAGCUUCCCCACACUGGAGGACGAGGGUAGGGGGUACUAGAUCAUGCAAACACCCCCACCGUCACAUUCACACACUCCACCUUCACACAGCGCUAUCAUUUUAUCCUAGCUGUUAACGGAGACUGGAUGCAGGUGUUUUGACAACCUGUUCUGAUUCUCUCUCUCGCUCUCUCUCUCCCUCUCUCUUUCUCUCAGGGCGACCAGACCUCCUCCCCUGCACCCCUCCGUCAUUUGAGGAGGCGACCACAGCCUCCAUCGCCACAACGCUCUCCUCCACCACCUCUCUGUCCAUCCCAGAGAGGUCUCCCUCAGACGCUGGAGCAGAGCACCCCCGCUACAGGUACCAGAACAACAGCUCUGAGAGAAGGUACAGCUAUGGACACAAUGUCCUAUUUAUGGAGCAUGUAUUCAUGACACAUGUGGAGCAUGUCCUUUUCAUGAGAAGAAAAUAAAAAACAAGAAGAAGAAAACAAGUCAAGAUGUAUAAUAUAAUGGUUAUACCAUGUUCAUGACUGAAUAACUAACAAUAACUGGUUGUGUUGAACUGUCAAAGCUAUAGAGCCUAUUUUAUGUACCCCACCCUGGCUUAUAACACCAUUAACUUACAGUGGUCUCUCUGUCUGUCUGUUUCUCUGCAGGAGGCACACCCAGUCUGUCAGUCAUGACGGGAGGUAAGAACACUACCCUGCAUGGCCUGUAUGAAUGCACAACUUAUUCCGUUGUAUAAAGGACUUGGUAGUUCUUACAGUGCUAGUCAUUCUGUCUCUGACCAGUGAGGAAGGCUACUACGCUAGGGUGUGUCAGAUCUGCCUGUUGGUCUGCGUUUUUAUGUGCGUGACCACCCUUCCUGUCGCUCAGUUGUAUUCCCUGUGUAUGUGUGUGUUAAAGCUGAUGGUCUGCACUUUAACCUCAUAGUCAUUGUCUAAUUUCAAAGUGCUGGAGUAAAGAUCCAAAACAACAAACCAUUUGUCACUUUCACAAAACUUUUGGAGCUCACUGUAUGUAUGUUUGCGUGUGUACUUACAUUACGCAUGUUUGUGUGUAGGACUCAGGAGGAGGUGCUUGAGGAGGAGCAGCAGACCAUCACGGUGGAGGUGGAGGUGAAGAGACACGACAGCGAGCCCACCAUCACGGCCCCACAGCCCUCUCCAGAGACCAGGUACACAGCCUCAACCUUACUCUACAUAGACCAAGAUUUAUCACACAAAGCCCUUAAAAGGCAGGCUCAACUCUACUGAACGGCACACCCAGCAUCCAACACACUCCCUGAAACCAGAGCCAUACAUUGAAAACGUCUCACCUGCGACAGGAUAACACCUUGGUUAGCUAACACUCCACUCUGGGAAGUGGGGCAGCCAUGCUCCCAUUUGGUUGAUAGGGUGGCGGUGAUAUUAAAUCCCCACCUUACACCUUACUCUAAGUCCCAUUUGGUUAUUGUGGUUGUGGGCUGUUGCGAUGCUGUUAAAUCCCUUAUUAUGGACAGAUAAGCACUGCCUACGGAUGUUCUCUGGAGCAGCAAUCUAAUUAGGUUAAGAGAGUGGAGUAGGGUGAGAGGCACAGGGUAAUAGGGUGACACCAAUUACUGUAAAAGGGUGAGACAGACAGACAGGAGUGCAUUGGGAAAGUCAUGGAGCGGCCAGGCAGUGGAACUAGGUUAGAGGGUCUGGGGCUAAGGCUGAGAGGCUGAGACAGGGCCAGACAAAUGGCCUCAGGGGGCUGGAUGGGGUAGAAGGGGAAGGGUGAAGGGGGCCGGCAGGGCGACGGGAUACUGGGGAAUUAGCCAUCUGGAGACCCGGCUCCUCAAAGCAGCCUCAGAGACUCCCCUUCUGGGGGAGAGAGUGGGAGGUGAGAAAAAGAGAGAGAGAGAGAGAGAGGUAGAAAGAGUGCAAGGUCCAUGGCUGCAUGGCAACCACAACACCAAGUCCCCCCAUUAAAUACUUCUUCCCAGCCAAUCAGGUCCGUCUCGGAGUCUGAGAUGCUGUCAUUGCUCUUUAGGAACGCCAGGCUCCAGGUUUUUCAGCGUGAACUCUAAACACACAAGGCUGAGAAAGCAAUCUGGGAUAAGCUUAAGUCGUUCCUAAUAGUCAAUGAUCUGGGCCUGGACAAUAGAGGGAUUGUGGUGGCGCGGCACCAUGCCAUCUGGUACUGUAAGUCUUGGUUAGUGCCGUCUUCUCAAACCACCCUGGUGCCUGUUCCUUCUGUUCUAGUGGUUCAGCCUCAGCUCUGCCUGUCUGGGCUGGUUCUUGAUCAUUAGAAGGGCUUAAUCGGAAGUGUCCCUGAUAAUUUGUCUGUACAGCUAUUCUAUCCUGUGCGUGAGAGAGAGAGAGAGCGAGUAGCGAGAGCAGGUGUGAGUGUGUGUUAGAGAGCAGGUGUGUACAGUAUGUCGUAUCACGUCUGUGGUUGUGUAUGAGCAGGUGUGCGUCUGUCUCUUCUCUCAGUGAGGUACCAGAGGUAGCCGAGGCUCCUGCUGCUGCCCCACCCUCCUCCUCCUCUCCCCCAGCCCCUGGGGCCCCUGCUGAAGCCUCUGCUGAGGCCCCUGGCCCAGAGGCUGCUGCCAGUCCCAAAGUGGUGGUGGUGGAGGCUGAGCGGGACCGCCGGGGCAGCACAGUGUCUGGGUCCGGAUGCACCAGCCAAGCCUCCCAGGACGACGAGGAUGACGUGCCAAUCACAGACAUCUACUUUGUAAGCUGUGCUUUCAUUGGCUCAGCACACACACACUCACACACACACACACCUGGGUCGUAUUCCUUAGGGCACACAACAGAAAACGGUUUAAAACAUUUUGUAGGCUUACAACAUGGUAAAUAGCUAAAUACUACAGUAUCCUAGCUACUAAAUAGCUUCUAGGUUUGUCAGUCAGCAGGCAUACUGCACUAACAUGAUACAGACAACAGCAGAUGGUAAACUAGACACAGAUAGCUUACAUAAUCUCCAUUGGCCAUCAUUUCCAUUUUUGAUUUGUCAUAUAUUGUUUGCCCAUGUGUGUAACUCCUCAUUGCCACCCGUAAUGCAGCUGGUCAGAGUGUGUGUUAUUAGUGUUGGGUCAUGGGAAGGUAUGUGUGUGUGAGUCUGAGUUGGAUGCCUUUCUACAGAAGCAUUGACAGUUGGACUUUAUUUUUUUUAUUUUUUUAUUUUAGCAGACACUCUUAUCCAGAGCGACUUACAGUUAGUGAGUGCAUACAUUUUUCAUACUGGCCCCCCGUGGGAAACGAACCCACAACCCUGGCGUUGCAAGCGCCAUGCUCUACCAACUGAGCUACAGGGGGGGCAGAGAGGGUGAGUCUGUAGAGGGUUAAGGGUUAACCCUAGAGUUGAUGUCUUCGCCCCCGUGGAAAUCUAAUUAGCAUUUUUUUUUUAUCCCCAUCAAAAUCCAUCAGUUUAAGCUAGAGAUAUCUGUUUUUUGCAUCUGCGGUGAAAGGUGGCAGAGCUAGAGCGGUGUUUGUCAGACCAUGAGACAUCCCGAAAAUCGGUCUUCUCACGAAAACGUCUGCAGCACUCUAACGAUUUGGCCUACACACUAAUAUGACCCUUCCAUGGAAAGGUGAGUCUCUCACGUUUUGCUCUAGGAUGCCUGCAUUCCUCACAAAGCUAGUCUAAAGGUAGCCAGGUACUAGUUAAAAAAAUGAAUGGAAGUAAAUAUGGAGAUAGUUUAGUGCUUAAAAUAAGGGGUUAAAUACAUGCCCCAAAACAAAAGAUCUAUCUCUCAGAUAAAAAUAGGACAGACACUUUAGAACAAACUUCCUUUUGAUAAAAAAUUUUUACUAUCUGUUUAUCCAUGUAUGAAGCUGUUAUUCAAUGCGUUUCUAUGGGCUAAUAGCAGCAAGGCCAAAUUCAAUGUUUCAUCAAAUAAUUGUUAUAUAUUUUUUUUUUUAUACCUUAAGGGGUCCUAAAAUUCUAAAUCAAAUAGCUAAAUUAUCCUUGGUAUGAACAUCUUAAAACAAUUCCAUAUGUUAGGUUCUACGACAGAUUUCAGAACCAGAGCCAUGUAUUUAUGGAUGAGUCUCUGGUGAUAAGGGAUGAGAAGGCUGGAAUGGGAAGGCUCCUCUGGCAUUCCUUUGACUGGUGGACAGUCUCUCCUGCAAUCAAACACCUCACACUGUGGCCCAGUAGGUCUGUCUGUGGCCCUGAGGGUCAAUAGGUCUGUCUGUCUGUUUAGGAGCUCUCAGUUGUCUGAUGACCAUUUCACCUACUCUGCCUCUCUCUUCAUGUGCAGUAGCUCAGGUCAGGAGACAUAGAAAAUAGAGACUAUAUCACCCCUGCCUCUGUAUGCACCUGUCGUCAUUUACAUUUAGCCAACAGACACAGAUUAGGUCAUUUCACAUUUUAAUGGAACAUUAUUUUAUUUGUAGAGUGCUUCUAAAUGGCUGUAGUAUACAAUAUGGCCAUGUCACUUCAUAUGUCGUAUGAAUACGAAGCCAAUACUAGUAGACAGCAUAAACAGAUGAUUGUCUUCUGGGUAGAAUAAACAGAUUAUUAUUUACAUUUACAUUUUAGUCAUUUAGCAGACGCUCUUAUCCAGAGCAAUUAGGGUUAAGUGCCUUGCUCAAGGGCACAUCGGCAGAAUUUUCACCUAGUCGGCUCGGGGAUUAGAACCAGCGACCUUUCGGUUACUGGCACAACGCUCUUAACCACUAAGCUACCUGACUGGUAAAAGCAGAGAUGACUCUUCCAAAACAAUUCAUGGGAUAUUGCACCAGUCCUACGAGACAGAGCGGACAUUACUCUGAGAGCUCUUGGAGAGAGGGCUUAAGUGAUUGUUCUAGUCAGAGCAGGAAAGAUGUCCGAGGAGCGCUUCACAAGCCCCUGUUAAGUGGCUACAGCCUGAAUUAUGAAUGUAUCAUUAGCAGUCACUAGGCUUGGGCGGUAUACCAUAUAUACCGUAUACUGGGGCAUUUGGAAAUAGACACAGGAUGGUUUUUUCAAUACCGUCAAUACCAUUGAAACCAUUUCUUUUGAAGUUUUUCAAUAGAUGUUAAUAUUCGUAGCUACUUUUUAAGUAAAUACCUGCAGUCAACUUGUGCAAUAGGAGAUAAAGCAGAUCUCAUUCUUCAUUUCACUUGUCACAUUAUUUAACAUUAUGAAGCUUACCAAAGUUCCCCAGAACAGUUGAGCCAGUCACGUGUUUGUUUGUAAAUAGCACAACGGGAGAAGGCGGGAGUACAGCUGUAUAUUGACAGGGGUUGCAUUUUAUAUUGAAAGUCAAGUGUUUCUUUACUUCAAUAGAGUGAUCAGGGACAUGCAACUAUAGUUUUCCUUCAAAGAAAAUACAUUAGUGCGACACAUUCGGCAGAAAAUAGCUUAAUUUUAAUUAGAUGACAACAGAAGUUCAAUGCUAUUUGGCUGGCAGCCACACAAGGAAAUGAGCUUACAAUGAAAAAGCAAGGUCUUUUCUUGCAGAAAUAAUGCAUGGCCAUCAUCUUUCUAAUGUUUAUUAUAGAAAGAAGUUAGCCAGCUACAUUUCCUAAUGUUUUGCUUAAAGAUAAUUGCGUAAGCUUUCUGUUUGAGAAGUCAAAGCCCUUUGGAUGACUUAUCUGUACAGCUGCCACUGCUAUCUUUUGAUUUCCUUGCGUUUUUUCUCCUCUCCGUUCUCGGCCCGUCUGCUCCUCCACGAUCUUCGCAGAGCAGACAGGCCCAUUGCCCUAGCGACUCCAGACUCGACACAGACACAGCGUGUACACAUGCUGCUUCAGAGCAAGUAUUGUUCUUCCUUCAGACAAGCAUGCGUCAAAACAUUUUUCAUUUGCACAAUGUCUCUCGUUCACAUUCGCUUGUAAAUGUCCAAACUCACCAAAAAUGACAUUCGGUAGCUCCUACCUAUAUAUGUAUAACUUUAUGAGCUGGAUUGACUGUCUUUGCAAUUUGUUUAUUUUGGAUUGCGCUUGUUAGCAUAUUUAGCAACCAGCCUCCAUGGAAAUUCGCUAUUACUUUCUGGUAACAGACGCCCAAUGGUAUUUUAUGCAUUUUCUGGCGCCCCCUUGUGUACUAAGCCGAUAAUGAUGUAAAUCCUGGGUUGAGAGAAAGACCGUAUGACGAUAUGAAAAUCUGGAUACCGCCCAACCCUGGCAGUCACCACCUCCCUUUCUCUAUUGCUGUCUUUCACACUCUCUUCUCUCACCCUCUCGCUGUGACGGAGGCUCAAUGCGUCCGCAUGCUUCCCAGCCGAAACGGUUCGGUAGAGUUUGUGCAUAUAUUAUGACGACAUUUUGUGACGUUUUUGUUAGUUUUGGACUUCGGUGGGGGUAUUUUCGGCUGUUCGGGCACACAAAUAUUUUUCUGGAGGCAAGUCGAAGUUCAGAGACAAAGUCUACGCUCCUUCGUCAGUGAUUGGUCAACAGUAGGGAUUCUUCAAUAAAGUCUGUUGUCAUUCUAUGAGAGACGACUCGUUUUCAUGCAAAUUCUUUAAUUUAAAAAUACUGCAACAAACAUCUUAGUUAGAUGUACAAUUGCGCAACUAAUAUCUCUUCGGCAAAAACGUACAAAUCUAUGAGAGAUUUCUUGAGUUAUUAGAUUAAUUCUGACUAUUUUGAUGAAGUGUAUACUGGCAACAGCGUCUCAAAACGGACAAACAGUACUAUUGACGCUUUUUUCUAGUUUUUCAAGUGAAGGUCUUUUAAGGGAGUAUGUGAGCACACUCGUUUGGUUCAGGGGGGGUGAGAUAGUGAAGGAAUGCACCAGACCUAUUCAUCAUCAUGGCUGAUUCACAUUUAAUUUCAUCACCCUUCACCAUAACACAGUCAAACCAGCAAUCAUCUCUUCUAUCACCUCAAUACUUAACCUUUAAUUUCCCUCCAUGUUCCAUCUUUGUGUCAUUUGUCUGUCCCUCCAUCCCUUUCACUCCUCUCUCCUCUGCCCUCUCUGGUCUCUCCCAUCUCUCUGUGGGGAUGUGCUGUCAGCUUGCAGGGAGAACCUGGGUGUUCUCUCCUGUCCUGCGGAGGAGAAAGCUCCAGACCAGCUCUCAGAUGCAGUGUAAGUCUGUGGGACAUGCUGGUAGCUCUGCUAACUGCUUAGUCAAUGCUUCAGUUAGUAGCACCUUUUUAUACAGAUAUCAAUGGCCUAUAGCUGUGAAUGGAGUUGUUGUAGCUUAGUCCCCCAGUCUGCUUACUUUGAGUCUUAGUGCUGUAACUGUAGUGAUUCCUCAGUUGAUCUUCUCAAUGUUUGAUCUUCUGAAAUUUGACAAGAUCCAUAAUGGACUGAUAUUCCUUAAUGAGCAUAUUUUCUCAAAGGAUACUUGAUGUGUAAGAGGGCAUGACACAUGAUAUGCUCUACAUAUUGUGCUAGACCUUUUUUAUUUAAUCAUGUCAUGUGUUUCCUCUCAUUAGAACAAAAGGGGUCAUGGCCUUUUUUGUUCUGCCUUCAUAUCAUGUCUUUGUUAAUAUUAUUUAUUUACCUCAUCCUCCGCUUGGGGUUUGUUCCUCUUCAUGUUGAAUCAAAUCAUGGCCGGCUGGAGAAGACUCCAUGUAGAGAGAGAGAGAGAGGGGGAGAGAUGGGGCAAGAAAGGAGGAAGAAGGGAGGAAGUGGCUGAGUUACAGGAGGGGGCUCUGGCUUCUCAUUUGAGGCCAUCUGUCUCUCUCGUUCACUCCCACUCCCUGUCUUCCCACCUCUCUCUCUCUCUCUCUCACUUUCUCUCUCCACCUGAGUGGUCUCCCUGUGGAAGGUGUGUCAGAUCUUGCGCUGUGAGUGUGGCGUGUGUGUGCAUAUGGUGUGUGUGUGUGUGUAUAAGCGUGUGUGAGCGACGAGUGUGUGUGUGACGUCAAACCUCAGUGCCGCUUCCAACUACGUCAUCACAGGCAGUGUGUGGCAGCUGCUGCUCUUUCUUAAAGGGAGAGUACCGUACAGGGCAACGCCACGGUCACUGCAUCAGAGACCAUGCAGCACUGAGGCUCUGACAAGGCUAAACACUUAAUGCACAUAAUAAGCAACACACAGAGCACUUUUCUUUAUUGAGAAAGAAAGGGGGGAAGAUGCUUUGGGAGAAUAUGUCCUUUUGGCUGUUGGCAGUACUGGCACCCUCGCUUUCCACCCACCACUAACCACCCACUCCCACCCUGUUUUCUGGCUGAUACAUACUGUAGAUUCAUAAUUUUUUCUGUCCACUUCAUCUUGGCUUUUUUGAAAUAGCAUAGUCAUAGAAAGCAAUUAUUAGGCACAUACAUAGCCCUACCAGCCAGCAUUACAAAUGAAGAGUUUUGAAAGUGACAGCAGGAAAGAACUAACAUUCUUUUGAAGGCUAUGUUGAUAUGUUAGCACAUGUAGUCUACCUCCAGGCCAGGGGUCUCCAACAGGUAUAUCGCGAGCUCGCAGCCCACCUAUGAGCAGCUCGCCAAUCAAUUCUGAAAGUACAUGCAUUUUAUCAUAUUCCAUGCAAACUGUCAUAAACAUAAAGCUCCCGGCUACUAUCCAAUUAAAGCCACAUUGACAUUAUAUCACCCCUGGUUAGCCACUAUUGGCUUAAAAACCCAAACGUAACACAAUAUCUGCCAAUUAAUUUCCAGCAAUAUUGCCCGUCUGUCUGUUUGGUGCCUGCGUUUGUCUAUCACUCUGUAUGCAGCCAGUUAGCGAUGCUAAUGAUAACCGUCUUAUGGGUAGACCGAUGAAAGACUUUUCCAAAAAACCUUCUCAGUGAAAUGUUAACUGCAAAGUAGUAUUACGUGACAGAACUAUAUAAUGAAUAUUUGUAUCAAUUGGGUGGUGAUUGUUUUGCAAACUCUGCCAUGACAUGUUCUGCAGCAGUAGGCCACAGCAGAAACAUCCUAGACCUACAAAUGCCUCUCUUGCAAGAUGCGCGAUUAAAGUGGAAUUACUCUCAAAAUCAUAUUUUGUAUUUUCUUUAUUUUUUUUUACAUUGUCUGGUGUGAUUUAAAGGCACAGUGCAGUCAAAGUUAAGUUUUUCCUGUGUUUUAUAACAUAUUGUACAACAUCUGAUUAAACUUACACUGUAAAAUUGUGAAAAACAUGAUCAGUGUUAUUUCCUCAUAGUUGCUGGUUGAAAAUACAAUCUACACAGGACCUUCUAAUCAGCAGGUUUGCAUGGGCGGGAGCUUCGGCUUUCCAUGGUGACAUGACCAUGCGGUAAACUGGUUAAUAGACCAAUAACAAAGAGUUCCAAACCUCUCUGUCAAUAACAGCUAGUUUUCAGUUUUCCCCUCCCAACUCAGACCACUCCCAGACAGUCCUAGCAAAAUUCUUGCUUGAGAUUAAUGUUUUUGCUAUAAAGUUAUUUUUUGCCAAUUUUAAUGGAAAUCUAUUACAGUAAGGUACUUAAUUGUUACCCAGAAAUUAGUGAUAUUGAUAUAAAAACGGCUGCAUUGGGCCUUUAAGUAUUGACAUGGACUCAGAACAUCCAUUUUAAUUGUUUUUCUAUUAAUAAUUGUAAUACUGAGAGUAAAAAAAACACACAAAAAAACAAUCCCAAACCUGGAAUUUGUUUACUGAGAAAACAUAAUUCAGGAAAAUACUAAAUAUAAUUUUAUAGGGCCCCCUUAGAGUUGUUUAUUAAGCAUUAUUUGACCAGGUAUAUUGACAGAAAACACAUAUUGUACACCAAGGACCCGGGAAGAGUUGCAGGGUACAGUAGAAGAAAAUAAUGUGCCAAUUUGAAAGCUAUAAAAAAAAAUGUAGCUCGCAACAUGUAUUUUGUUUUUAUUAAGUAGCUGUCAUGCUAGAAAAGAUUGGAGACCCCUGCUCUAGGCUGUAUUCCAAUAGGAUUUCACUGCUAGUGUUUCAUUUUCAUAUUUCUACAGUUAGGCUAAUCUAUAUUCCAAGCUCACACUUUCUGUCCUGGCAUUUCCUCCUUUUGCAUUUCUAAUUUUAUUUUCCUGCCUUGUCUUGUGUUUUCCUGUCCUGUCUAUCUCUCUUGCCUGCCUCUGCUUCUCUCUGUGCUGUGUCCAAUGACCCCCUCUCUCUGGCGCCCUCUGCUGUGUCAUUUGUGCAGCCCCCGGAGGACAAGACCUGGGUGUACUCCCCUCUGCACUACGGCAGUGAGUCUCAGACCUUGCCGGAUGGGGAAGGGGAGGAGAGCGAGACAGUAAGUAGUAAGAAUUACACCUCCCAGUACCAGUGUGUGUGGGCCGGCCCGACCGUCAUGCCCACUGAGUAUGGCGGUGCCAGUUAUGACCAUUUGGUUCCCCCUCCCUUCACCAUGCAACACCCAGCUCUCACUGCAUGCUGCUCAGUUUCUUCACACCGCUAGGUCUGUCUGGCUGCAUGUGGUUUGGCAACUUGGUACAUGUCUCCUCCGCCUAGGGUUGCAAAAUUCUGGUAGCUUUCCCAAAACUCCCAGGUUUUCCCGAAAUCCCGAUUGGAAGAUUCCCGGAAUCAGAAGGGUAUACGCAGGAAAUCCGGAGCCUCCCUACCAGGAUUUCUGGAGAACCAGGGAUUUUUGGGAAAGUAACCAGAAUUUUGCAACCCUACCUCCUGGCUCAUGCAUCACCGUUACCAGAUCCCAAACCCACACAGCUACAGUUGUCAUUGUCAUUUGUUUUAUUCUGAAACAACUGACCAACAUAUAAGCAUGUGCUUUGACACAUACAGUACAAAGCAGUUGGUCAGAUGAGUGGUGGCAAGUAUGGCAAUACAUUUAUUUGAUUUGUACAGUUCCUCUCUGAAACCCAAUAACUGUGUUUUCUUUGUUCAUAAAUCCAUAUAAUAUGACAUUAUUGCUUUCAGAUGGUCCUCUUUCAGCCACUCUGCACAAAUGAUCAGAAACGACUUCGUGUUAUGAGACCCCAUAAUUGAUCCCUUGGUACAAACUCUGUUAUAUUACUGAUGACUUCUAUUUCACUGGGUAUUUUCAGGGUGCCAAAUCCCAUGAAUGUUCUGUAAUUGAGAUUUUAGAUAAAUUAUAAAUUAAACUCUUAUUACUAAAGCUACUAUUAUGGCUUUGGAAAGCUAAGCGUGCAUAUUUCAUUAUAGGCUUCUAGUUUCCGGCAAGGGUUGGGUGGAGAUGGAUGAGAAAUCAUUUUGUUCUUAAAGGUACAUACAGUGGGGAGAACAAGUAUUUGAUACACUGCCGAUUCUGCAGGUUUUCCUACUUACAAAGCAUGUAGAGGUCUGUAAUUUUUUAUCAUAGGUACACUUCAACUGUGAGAGACGGAAUCUAAAACGAAAAUCACAUUGUAUGAUUUUUAAGUAAUUAAUUUGCAUUUUAUUGCAUGACAUAAGUAUUUGAUACAUCAGAAAAGCAGAACUUAAUAUUUGGUACAGACACCUUUGUUUGCAAUUACAGAGAUCAUACGUUUCCUGUAGGUCUUAACCAGGUUUGCACACACUGCAGCAGGGAUUUUGGCCCACUCCUCCAUACAGACCUUCUCUAGAUCCUUCAGGUCUCGGGGCUGUCGCUGGGCAAUACGGACUUUCAGCUCCCUCCAAAGAUUUUCUAUUGGGUUCAGGUCUGGAGACUGGCUAGGCCACUCCAGGACCUUGAGAUGCUUCUUACGGAGCCACUCCUUAGUUGCCCUGGCUGUGUGUUUUGGGUCGUUGUCAUGCUGGAAGACCCAGCCACGACCCAUCUUCAAUGCUCUUACUGAGGGAAGGAGGUUGUUGACCAAGAUCUCACGAUACAUGGCCCCAUCCAUCCUCCCCUCAAUACGGUGCAGUCGUCCUGUCCCCUUUGCAGAAAAGCAUCCCCAAAGAAUGAUGUUUCCACCUCCAUGCUUCACGGUUGGGAUGGUGUUCUUGGGGUUGUACUCAUCCUUCUUUUUCCUCCAAACACGGCGAGUGGAGUUUAGACCAAAAAGCUCUAUUUUUGUCUCAUCAGACCACAUGACCUUAUCCCAUUCCUCCUCUGGAUCAUCCAGAUGGUCAUUGGCAAACUUCAGACGGGCCUGGACAUGCGCUGGCUUGAGCAGGGGGACCUUGCGUGCGCUGCAGGAUUUUAAUCCAUGACGGCGUAGUGUGUUACUAAUGGUUUUCUUUGAGACUGUGGUCCCAGCUCUCUUCAGGUCAUUGACCAGGUCCUGCCGUGUAGUUCUGGGCUGAUCCCUCACCUUCCUCAUGAUCAUUGAUGCCCCACAAGGUGAGAUCUUGCAUGGAGCCCCAGACCGAGGGUGAUUGACCGUCAUCUUUUCUAUUAAUUGCGCCAACAGUUGUUGCCUUCUCACCAAGCUGCUUGCCUAUUGUCCUGUAGCCCAUCCCAGCCUUGUGCAGGUCUACAAUUUUAUCCCUGAUGUCCUUACACAGCUCUCUGGUUUUGGCCAUUGUGGAGAGGUUGGAGUCUGUUUGAUUGAGUGUGUGGACAGGUGUCUUUUAUACAGGUAACAAGUUCAAACAGGUGCAGUUAAUACAGGUAAUGAGUGAAGAACAGGAGGGCUUCUUAAAGAAAAACUAACAGGUCUGUGAGAGCCGGAAUUCUUACUGGUUGGUAGGUGAUCAAAUACUUGUGUCAUGCAAUAAAAUGCAACUUAAUUACUUAAAAAUCAUACAAUGUGAUUUUCUGGAUUUUUGUUUUAGAUUCCGUCUCUCACAGUUGAAGUGUACCUAUGAUAAAAAAUUACAGACCUCUACAUGCUUUGUAAGUAGGAAAACCUGCAAAAUCAGCAGUGUAUCAAAUACUUGUUCUCCCCACUGUAUAUGAAUCCAUUGACAAAUUUCAUGAUUAAGGUCCAGGUUACAUUUUAUUUGGAUAGUCUCAUAUAGAUGACCUACAGAUGGUUAUACUAUCAACAAACUAUAUGUUGAUAAGCAACUGCAUGCUAAGGUUAGGGUUAUUGUUAGCCUAGGUUUAAAAUAAGGGUAAGGGUUAAGUUUAUGUUUUUCUAUUUUUUUUAUUUAACCUUUAUUUAACCAGGUAAGCCAGUAAGUUCUCAUUUACAACUGCGACCUGGCCAAGAUAAAGCAAAACAGUGCAAUAAAAACAACAACAACACAGAGUUAAAUAUGGGAUAAACAAAACGUACAGUCAAUAACACAAUAGAAAAUCUAUAUACAGUGUGUGCAAAUGUACUAAGUUAUGGAGGUAAGGCAAUACAUAGGCCAUAGUGCAAAAUAAUUACAAUUUAGUAUUAACACUGGAAUGAUAGUUGUGCAGAAGAUGAUGUGCAAAUAGAGAUACUGGGGUGCAAAUGAGCAAAAUAAAUAACAAUAUGGGGAUGAGGUAGUUGGGUGGGCUAAUUACAGAUGGGCUGUGUACAGGUGCAGUGAUCCGUAAGCUGCUCUGACAACUGAUGCUUAAAGUUAGUGAGGGAGAUAAGAGUCUCCAGCUUCAUAGAUUUUUGCAGUUCGUUCCAGUCAUUGGCAGCAGAGAACUGGAAGGAAUGGCGGCCAAAGGAGGUGUUGGCUUUGGGGAUAACCAGUGAGAUAUACCUGCUGGAGCGCAUAAAUGUUAAUGACAUCGCCGAAGUCAAGGAUCGGAAGGAUAGUCAGUUUUACGAGGGCAUGUUUGGCAGCAUGAGUGAAGGAGGCUUUGUUGCGAAAUAGGAAGCCGAUUCUAGAUUUAACUUUGGAUUGGAGAUGCUUAAUGUGAGUCUGGAAGGAGAGUUUACGGUCUAACCAGACACCUAGGUAUUUGUAGUUGUCCACAUAUUCUAAGUCAGACCCGCCGAGAGUAGUGAUUCUAGUCGGGCGGGCGGGUGCAAGCAGCGUUCGAUUGAGGAGCAUGCAUUUAGUUUUACUAGCAUUUACGAGCAGUUGGAGGCUACGGAAGGAGUGCUGUAUGGCAUUGAAACUCGUUUGGAGGUUUGUUAACACGGUGUCCAAUGAAGGGCCAGAUGUAUACAAAAUGGUGUCGUCUGCAUAGAGGUGGAUCUGAGAGUCACCAGCAGCAAGAGCGACAUCAUUGAUAUACACAGAGAAUAGAGUCGGCCCAAGAAUUGAACCCUGUGGCACCCCCAUAGAGACUGCAAGAGGUCCAGAAAACAGGCCCUCCGAUUUGACACACUGAACUCUAUCUGAGAAGUAGUUGGUGAACCAGGCGAGGCAGUCAUUUGAGAAACCAAGGCUAUUUAGUCUGCCAAUAAGAAUGCGGUGAUUGACGGAGUCGAAAGCCUUGGCCAGGUCGAUGAAGUGAACAAUCACUCCCCCGUCCCGGCCCAUUAUUCUCCAUAGAGACACACACACACACAGAGAACCAUCACUUCCACCUAUCCCAGGGACAGGAGCUGCCAGAGGAAUAAGUGGAAUCAGAGCCUGUGGGCUAGUGGAAGGAGACUGUCUCCUGGGGUUUGUCUAUGCAUAGAUGAAAACAAAUGUAAAAACAGUCAUAGAAAACUGCAUUAUUUGGUUGUGUUGAGGGGAUGUUCAUAUGAGAGGAAAAUACUACUUUUCUCUUUUUCUACCCUCUUAUUUUCAGUAUGUCCUCUGACUUUCCCUUUAAAUUAUUGAUAUACCUUUGAUCAAUAGAUGUGCUUUGAUAAGAGUUAUACCUCAGUUAUAUCGUGCUGUGGGGGAAUGAAUCGAUUUUAUUUUACACUCUUGACAUGAUUAUGUUCUGAAGAUUUACAACUUCUAUCCGUUCUCCUAUUUCUCUCUUCUCUCUUUUUUUCUCCCUCUCUCUCCUUCCACCAACAGUAAACACUCCUCCGUAGAGCUGAGAGGAUGAUUCCGUGGAGAGAGGAGCCAUCAGACUGAUCCCCGGGCCUCUGAGUAGCAGGCAGCAGAAGCUUUCCAGUCCAGACCUGUAUUUUAAACCAUGGAUACAAAAACAAAACAGACUAAAUACUGGGAGGAAACCCCCUCGACAUCCCGUGGUCACAGUGGUGAUGAUA